CCAAGCCGGAGGCAUUGCCCGCCAGGAAGCCGGAUCCGUGUCGCAAACACAGCCACACACCCAUCGCGCUCCGGGACAGGGUUUCCCGGCUGGGCCAAGUCACCCCCGAGGAAGAGAGGGAGGAGAAGCGGGCGCAACCAUGGAGAGCGCCGUGGGGCGCACCGUGCGCCUCCGGGCAGCUGCCGGCUGCCUCUGCCUCCUCUGGCUGCUCCUGGUGAGUUGGUUCCUCGGGUCUCCUGCCACGUGGGGUGGGCAGGUGGGUGCUCGCCUGGGAGAGAGGGGGGCAAAGUUAUUGUGCCAUCGGUUUGGGGUGCCUGGCGCCCACUUCAUUUCUUCUUCCUCUUCUUCUUCCUCUUUUUCUUCUUCUGCUUCUAUAUAAUUUUUAUUACAUUUUCUGUAUUACAAUCUAAAAUACUCAUUUUACAUCCUUAAGAUGUCCAUGACUUCCUUUCGUCUCUUUCCAUGGUUCAUUUUACAUAUCAGUGCCUUUUUUCUGGGGGGGGACGGACGCAUACCCCUAAAUAUUUUGUGAAUCUAAGUUUGGCUUCAUUGAGGGGCAGUACAGUGGUACCUCAGGUUACAUACGCUUCAGGUUACAGAUGCUUCAGGUUACAGACUCCGCUAACCCAGAAAUAGUGCUUCAGGUUAAGAACUUUGCUUCAGGAUGAGAACAGAAAUUGUGCUCCAGCUGUGCUGCGGCAGCGGGAGGCCCGAUUAGCUAAAGUGGUGCUUCAGGUUAAGAACAGUUUCAGGUUAAGAACGGACCUCCAGAAUGAAUUAAGUACUUAACCCGAGGUACCACUGUAUUUCAAUAUGAGUAGGAAAAUACCAUUUAGUAUUCCAUUAUUGCACCCAUCAAAACUUAUUUACACUGUUGAAUUUAUCUUAAUGCUGCCAGCGGUUUCAGCUGUACACAAUUAUUCCCCAUAUAUUCAAUAAGCACUUUCCAAUCUUCUCUAAGUGUACGUUCUUCUUGUUCUCUUAUUCUAUAUGUUAAGUCUGCAAGUUGUGCAUAUUUCUUCUUCUUCUUCUUCUUCCCCUCCUUUUUGAAACCAAGAUUUCAUUGUACAUUUCCCCCACCCAAAGCCAUAGCACAGCAAUAUAGUUGUUGUUGUUGUUGUUGUUUAGUUGUGUCCAACUCUUUGUGCCCCCAUGGACCAGAGCACGUCAGGCACUCUUGUCUUCCACUGCCUCCCACAGUUUGGUCAAACUCAUGUUGGUAGCUUCAAGAACACUGCCCAACCAUCUCGUCCUCUGUCAUCCCCUUCUCCUUGUGCCCUCCAUCUUUCCCAACAUCAGGGUCUUUUCCAGGGAGUCUUCUCCUGAGGUGGCCAAAGUAUUGGAGUCUCAGCUUCAGGAUCUGUCCUUCCAGUGAGCACUCAGGGCUGAUUUCCUUCAGAAUGGAUAGGUUUGAUCUUCUUGCAGUCCAUGGGACUCUCAAGAGUCUCCUCCAGCACCAUAAUUCACGUGUGUAUUUCUUGCAGGAAUUUCCCCUGCCACAAUCCCGCAGAACAGAAUGUUCUUAAUAACCUUCUUAAGUUUUACAAGAGAGACAGAAACAUAGCAAGAUAAGUGUGGGUUUGGAAAAAAAAAAUCUUGCUUAUUUCACAUUCCACACCUCCUUGCCAUAACCCCAGUUUGCCUGGAUUCACAGCUAUGGAACGAAAGAAAACUCCCAAAUUCUACAGCUCUAGGAUUCUAUAUCAUGUUGAGAUGCCUACCUUGUAGGGCGUUGGGCUCGAUGAUGACCCUUGGCAUCCCUUCUGACUCUUCCGUUCUCUGGCUUGCUUGCCCUUCAUGGAGAGAUAAAAGAGCCCAUCUCAGAGGGUUGUCAGCUAUGGAGCAACCAUAAAUCGGUAGCCUUUGCAGUGCCACAAGUCUCUUCUGUUGCUCUGUUGCUGCCGCAAGCUCACAGCUACUCCUCUGGGAUAAUCUGGCACGGAGUGGAAAAGAUCAUAGAAUGAGUCAUAGAAUCGUAAAGUCGGAAGGGAACCCAAAUUCAGCCUCCUGCAAUUCAGGGAGUUGGCAUCACAAGGAUUCAUGAGGGAAGAGGGAGUUUCAAGGAGUGCAACUCUUCUCUUUUCAUAAUUUCUUAUCCUACCUAAUAACUUAUAAUUCUCUGUUUGCAGCUUACCAUUACUGUGGUAUCAGUUGCUAUCUUCUUUCUUCUUCUAACUUGCUUCUGUGCCUUUUACAGAUAGAAAAUUUUCUUGACAUGAUGCUUAUGGUGAAGAGCUUCACCUGUUACAUUUCUGCCUGCUGGGCUGCUGUUAAGGAAGGGCAUCAGUGGUGAAAGUUGGCAGCCAUAGAUAUUUCCUUCUCCUUUACACCUUCUUACUACAGUGGAACCUCGGGUUACAGACUCUUCAGGUUACAGACUCCGCUAACCCAGAAAUAGUACCUUGGGUUAAGAACUUUGCUUCAGGAUGAGAACAGAAAUCGCGCGGCGGCAGUGGGAGGCCCCAUUAGCUAAAGUGGUCCCUCAGGUUAAGAACAGUUUCAGGUUAAGAACGGACCUCCAGAACGAAUUAAGUUCUUAACCCGAGGUACCACUGUACCAGAAAUAUUUAUGUUUUCCUCUUGUAGUGUUUAUUCCUGGCAUCAGUCUUUAUGCAAUCCUUCCUUUCCCCUUCCAAAUCAACUGCUACUUUUGAGCUUUUUGGCCAUUGUGAUAACAGAGCAGUGGACUAUCAUCAUCAUCAUCAUCAUCAUCAUCAUCAUCACCAUUUUAUUUGUAUGCCGCCUUUCCAUAGUUAAAACAAUGCUCAAGGCGGCUUACAACAUGACAAGAUUUACAUCAAUACCAACAUAACAAAAGUCAUAUGCAAUAAAUAAAACACAUCAAAAAGUACACAACCAAAUGGAAAACAAUUUCCACAUAAAUCAUAAAAUCUAAAACUAAGAAUACAGCAUUAAUAUCAAUCAGUACGUUUCCGAGCACAAUUCAAAGUGUUGGUGCUGACCUUUAAAGCCCUAAACGGCCUCGGUCCUGUAUACCAGAAGGAGCAUCUCCACCCCCAUUUUUCUACCCGGACACUGAGGUCCAGCACCGAGGGCCUUCUGGCGUUUCCCUCACUGCGAGAAGUGAGGUUACAGGGAAACAGAUAGAGGGCCUUCUUGGUAGUGGCGCCCACCCUGUGGCACGCCCUCCCACCAGAUGUCAAAGAGAACAACAACUACCAGACUUUUAGAGGACAUCUGAAGGCAGCCCAGUUUAGGGAAGCUUUUAACUAUUUUAUUUUAAUAUUUUGUUAGAAGCCGCCCAGAGUGGCUGGGGGAGCCCAGCCAUAUGGGCGGGGUAUAAAUAAAUUAUUAUUAUUAUUAUUAUUAUUAUUAUUAUUAUUAUUAUUACAGUGGUGCCUCGCAAGACGAAAUUAAUCCGUUCCGCGAGUCUCUUUGUCUUGCGGUUUUUUCGUCUUGCGAAGCACGGCUAUUAGCGGCUUAGCGGCUAUUAGCGGCUAUUAGCGGCUUAGCGGCUAUUAACGGCUUAGCGGCUUUAAGAAAAAGGAAACAAACUCGCAAGAACUCGCAAGACGUUUCGUCUUGCGAAGCAAGCCCAGAGGGAAAUUCGUCUUGCGGAACGACUCAAAAAACGCAAAACCCUUUCGUCUAGCGAGUUUUUCGUCUUGCGAGGCAUUCGUCUUGCGGGGCACCACUGUAUUCACAAGUUAAAAUGACAUAGAUAAAAAUAAAUAAAAGCAAUUUAAAAAACAAAAACAAAAGCAGAGCCCUCUCUGCUCAGCAGCAGCAGCAGCAACAGCAGAGGCAACAGUCCUUUAUGGAGCCUGUCAGGUGGAGAGAAGCAGGGCAUCGUCCUUCAGGCUCCCAGCAGGCCAGGACUAGGUGGGUCUUGGGCAGAAUCCAGCAGUAAUUUUCUUAUAUUCUUAAUUAAGAGAGUUAAUAGACAUUUUCUUGUCCGUUCAGUGGGAGUGGGGUUGAAGAAUAAUAACUUAAAACCAUGUUCGUUUAAUCUCAGAUGAAUUCAGCCGCUCACAUAUUCUGUUGAAAUUACCACCAAUGUCUUGAAUAUUAUGCACAGCCUAUCCCAAAUACAGUCAUGCCUCUUGUUACGUUUGCUUCAGGUUAAAUCUUUUCAGGUUGCAUCCCGCGGCGACCUGGAAGGGUUACUUCCGGGUUUCGCUGCUCACGCAUGCGCAGGCACUCAAAAUGACGUCACGCGCAUGCACAAAAGCUGCAAAUCGCGACCCAUGCAGACACACAGAUGCGGGUUGCGUUCUGCUCAUGUUGCGAACAGGGCUCCGGAACGGAUCCCGUUUGUAACCAACCAUUUGGUUUACAACUCUGCAAAAAUUCUAAGUGAGGAACAUCUUAAUGAAGAUAAUUAAAGCUCACUUUUGCAUCAGUUGCCCUUAAAUAUUAAAUAAGUUAAUAUAUGGCAUCUUUUUUUCCCCAUAGAAAAGUGUGCCAUCUUUUGGAAAGGACACAUUGCUGACAACACCUGUCACUCCUCAGCCCAAACCUGAUGUAUUUUACGAAGAUUUCAUUCAUCUGAAUGUUUUGAACAAAAGAGUUCUCAACGAUACUGAAAUCUCCGUUGACUAUUUAUGCUCCGAACCUUGCACUGUUACUAUAGAAGCCAUAGCGUCACUGGAAUUCAGAACUGGUGUGUCUGUCUAUAAGGAGAGGUGGGAGAACGACCAGCAUCUCCGCACCACUAGAAACAGAACCGUGAACUUGAAAUUUCCAAACAGCAUGGUUUUCAGAGAUGACUAUUUCAUCAGACGCUCUGUCAUCGUACACACAGUGAUACUAUAUGCAUGGAUUAUUCACAAGCAAAGAGGGAUCCCCCAUGGUAAACGAAAGGAAGGCUACUUGCAGGCAAUUGCAAAGGACUACACUUUGCUGGAAUCUGUUCCGCCUUUCGAACGUCCCUACAAAGAACACCGAGUGUGUAUGAAAUGGAGCUUGGAAUAUACCUGGAGGCUGCAGGCAAACAUAAUGCGUUGGUGUCCCCAUGAGAAUGGUAAGUAUUUUUCUUAUGUGCAGUGGAACAGCACAUUGUGUGAAUGAAUUUGCAACUAGCAAGGUGCUCAGCUCACCUGGUGGCGCAUCUUUGAAAUCUGCAGCCUGGACUCGAUUGACAUUUUGCGUGUGGAUUUUUCAAGCGUAUGAAAAGAGGGCUUAGGGAGUAGAAUUGUCUACUGGCUGAUGGUGUUGCAAAGGUCUUUAACUGAGCAUUUUGAGAGCCCUUUUCUUACUGCUUUUCUUAGAGGGAUGGGACAUCUGAAAGCCUCUGAGUUGAAAGAUGACAGAUUGCCCUAACAGAGUACAGUCGUACCUUGGUUUUUGAACGGCUUAGUUGCCGAGCAUUUUGGCUCUCAAAUGACUGAAAACCGAAGUGAUUGUUCCAGUUUUCAAACGUUCUUUUGGAAGCCGAACAUCCAGCGGUGCUUCUGAAGCUUCUGAUUGGCUGCAGGAGCUUCCUGCAGCCAAUCAGAAGCUGCACCUUGGAAGCUGAACGUUUUGGAAGUUGAACAGAUUUCCGGAAUCGAUUCUGUUUGACUUCCAAGGUAUGUCUGUAUCUGAUCUUCCUCCUUCUCAGUUUUCUGAAGGUAUCGCUCCUGCCCACAUGAAAUGAUUAAAGCUGAGAGCAUGUACGUGAAUAAACUCCCACUUGCAAUAUCAUAGAGAUUGUACAUUAGUCAAUGGGCCAUUUCAGAUUUAUUGGCAAACCAAGUGAUGUAAAUGAUCCUGCAUAAGUUCCCUCUCCUCUCCUUCUUCAUGUCUGCAAGGAGAAGAUUGGAAGCUUUCAUUUGCAAUUUUAAACAAACCACUGUUCUCUGUUAACAUCCAGACUCAAGGAACUGUGGGUUAUUUAGAUGAUUGUUUGUUUGAACAAGCUAGGAUCAGACCUUGGUUUCAGAUCCUGACUUGUUUUGAAACUGCAGCCAGAAUUAAAAGGAACUUCAUCCUGGCUCUGUAAGAGGGAUAUGAAAGCAGCCGUGUCAUUUCUCCACACUAGAAAGCACAGGUUCAAGAGUUUUCCUGCUUCCAAGAGGUUUUUUGCUUGUCUUGCCGCUUUCCCAGGAAAACCCACUGUUUCCCGCUGAAUCGGAACAAAUGCUGGGGAAAACCAAUUGACGAUUGUUCUGAUUCAGCCGUGAACAGGGGGGCUUUCAUAGGAGAAAGUGGCAGGACAAGAGGAAGCGCAAACAAACCCUGGUGUGCAAACCGCAGAACGAUAUCUCGUGCAUCUCUACUUGUAAACACUACCAAGAACAAAAAGUCACAUUGGAACCUAGAUCCUGUAGAUAAUGCGACUGGAAUGGUGCAUAAAGCUCACCUGCAGUGAAGUUCCAAGGUGAACUCAUGGUGCCAAACCUAUUAAACUGCUUGCCAUGCGUGAUCUCAUUAGCAAAGAUUUAUGAACAAUGUAGAAUUAUAUAAUCGUAAUGCAAUGUGGGAUUAUCUGAUGUGGCUUUUCCCUGCCCAGUGCUGUGCCAUGCAACAAUUUAGUACAAUUAUACUGUUUUGUAGGUAGCAAAGAAGGCUUACAAAGGACCAUCCACAUCAUUCUACCAGUGCAAUUUUCUGAAUCAGUUGGCAUUGCUGCUUUGCGAUGGUCCAGCCAUUGUUGCCCUCAUCCUGAGCACUUCAUUGCCAGAACAGUUGUUUUAAUAAGGUCCAGCUACUGGCGUAUUAGGACACGGGUGGCGCUGUGGGUUAAACCACAGAGCCUAGGACUUGCCGAUCGGAAGGUCGGCAGUUAGAAUCCUCACGACGGGGUGAGCUCCUGUUGCUCGGUCCCUGCUCCUGCCAACCUAGCAGUUCGAAAGCACAUCAAAGUGGAAGUAGAUAAAUAGGUACCGCUCUGGCGGGAAGGUAAACGGCGUUUCCGUGCGCUGCUCUGGUUCGCCGGAAGUGGCUUAGUCAUGCUGGCCGCAUGACCCAGAUAAACUGUCUGCGGACAAACGUUGGCUCCCUCGGCCUGUAAAGCGAGAUGAGCGCCAUAACCCCAGAGUCGUUCACAACUGGACUUAACUGUCAGGUGUCCUUUACCUUUUUUACUGGUGUAUUAUUUGGGAAAUCAUCUGAGACACUGAACUUGGUGGAACUUAAUUCUGAGCAAACAUGCAUAGGGCGAAGGCAAGCUGCUGUUCAUUUUUGUCCCAGUUUGUUAUCUCAAAGUACGCAGCACACGCAAUUGCCACAGUCUUAAAUAGCAGCCAGAAAUCUCACGCACUACCUGCCAAAUAAUCUUUUCCAAUAUUGUAACUUAUUAUAAACUAGGGAGAUGUUAAGAUAGUCUCACCCUAACCUCCGUUAUUUACAAAGCAGUUCAAUUAUAACCUCUGUCCCGUGUUGCAAAGUUAAGUGUUCAGCUAUGCACUGGCAUAGAAAUAGGAGUUGGUCCCUGCUCCUGCCAACCUAGCAGUUCGAAAGCACGUCAAAGUGCAAGUAGAUAAAUAGGUACCACUCUGGCGGGAAGGUAUACGGCCUUUCCGUGCGCUGCUCUGGUUCGCCAGAAGCGGCUUAGUCAUGCUGGCCACAUGACCCGGAAGCUGUACGCUGGCUCCCUCGGCCAAUAAAGCAAGAUGAGUUGGUCACAACUGGACCUAAUGGUCAGGGGUCCCUUUACAUUCAUGACAAUAGGGCAUAUAGGCUUCCCCAACCUGGUGCCCUCCCGAUCUUUUCGACUACAACUCCCAGCUAUUUGCAGUUCCUGGCACAUUAAGAAUGAUUGCAUUUUGCAGAUGUCGUUGAGAUCCUGAGUUUUCCAUACGCCUCCAGUGGAGAGAUGACGGGAAUUGUGAAGAAGUUUCAGAAAUUUGAGAACAGAGAACUUGAAAUAAUCAGAAAGCGCCAGAACGGUUACCCAAAGUAAGAAAAUUAAAAAUGUCCUAAAAAAUAACUGCCUUUGCUCUUUUAAAGCUUUCAUUCUUUUCCUUCCAGCUGUCUCCCUCUUCUGGCUGCCUUUCUGUUUGUCGGAAUCCUAUUUUGUCGCAGAAAAUGUCAUAAAUUAUAUGGAUGCUGUGGGUUUGUUUAUGCAGUUCCCCUCCCCUGAGGAAACUUCAGUCGGUUCCUUCCAGGUUUUGUACAUUACGUUCCUGAUACUACCUCCUGGUGGAGCUUGUGAGACACAUGGGUGUGUAGUUAUAGAUAUUCAACUGAUAGAAAGCUUUUAAUUUCUUUUAAUCAUUUAUUAGAUUUUUACCUCAGAUCUUCCUCCAAAGGACCCCAGACUGCCAAACAUAUCAACAGUAGUACUAUCUUAAUACUGUACUUGAGGGUGCAUCAUGUGAAAGUUUCUUCUUCUUUUCAAAUUUAUUUAUUUGAUUUAUCCAUAUAAAAAUACACUCACACCACAACGUAUUAUAUAAAAACACAAUUCCCACAAAUCCCCUGGACUUCCCUCCUCCCCUUAUUGUUAAACCAGGCUUCCUCAACCUCGGCCCUCCAGAUGUUUUUGGCCUACAGCUUCCAUGAUCCCUAGGUGACCAGUGGUCAGGGAAGAUGGGAAUUGUAGUCUCAAAACAUCUGGAGGGCCGAGGUUGAGGAAGCCUGUGUAGGAAAAGAUUCCUACUGCAUCUUUUGUAAUAAUCCAAAAUUUUCAUAUCUCCAUUACAUCCAUAGUUCUCAUUGCACUACAAGGGUUAUUCCAAUCCCACUAACGAAUUUAACUGUUUACAAUGGUUUUUAAGAUAAGUUAUGAAUUUCCCCCAUUCCUUAUUAAAGUUCUGGUCUUCCUGAUUUCUGAUUCUUCCAGUCAUUUUUGCCAUAGCCCAUAAACUUGAUUUGCCAUUCUUCUCUCAUAGGGACUUUGUCUUCUUUCCAUCUCUGGGCUAAUAACAUCUGCACAGCCGUGGUCACAUAUAUAAACAAUAUUUUCUGUUCCCUUCAGAUUUCAGCACUUAAAAUUCCUAAAAGAAAAGCUUCUGGCUUUUUUGUAAAGGUUAUUUUAAACAUUUUUUUCAAUUCAUUAUAUAUCGUUUCCCAGAAUGUUUUUGUUCUCUUACAUGUCCACCACAUAUGAUAAUAGGCGCCUUCUUUUUCCUUACAUUUCCAACAGAUAUUUGUACCUGCCUUAUACAUUUUUUGCUAACUUACUGGGAGUUAAGUACCAACGGUGCAUCAUUUUCAUAUAAUCUUCUUUCAAUGUGCAACAUGCUGUACAUUUCAAACCCUCUUCCCAUAACUUCUCCCAUGAUGAAAGCUGUAUAUUGUACCCAAAAUCUUUCUCCCGCAUGUGAAAGUUUUAGUGUGAGGCUAAAUAUUGGCCCGAAAGUGUAAUUCAUAAGAAUAAAUGGCCUUGCUGAACGACCAGACCAAAGAUUCAUCCACCCCAGCAUUCUGCUUCCAAGAGUGGUCAGCCAGAUACCUCUGGCAAGCUCACAAAAAGGAUGCAAAGAUAGCCAGUGAUAGCCAAUCGUCAGUGUUAAAUGCUGAUGCUAUUGGCAGUUGCUAUUGAUGCAGGUAGGGAAUUUUGAGGGUAGUCCAACACAUUAAGCAAACACUUAAAAAAACACAACCAACUACCAUAGCUAUCAAAUUCUGUAUUCUGAAACGUACCGGAUAUUUACACUACUGUAGCUUUUUGUGUAUGUUCUUUUCUUCCUGCAAUCUCUACAAGCUGCACCUUUAUUUGCCUUGCGACACAUUUGCAGGACUUGCUAAGUCUCAUGGACCGAUGACGAUGCCGGACUCUGAAAAGCAAUUGCCUCUUAGAAAGGCAUCGCUGAGCGGCAAAGGAUGUUGAAACGCACUUCUUCCUCAUUGGACCACAGUGAUAAAUCUGCCCACUUUGAGAUUUACUCCAUCCCCAAUCGCCUCCCGACAAAAGGAGAGAGAAACAGUCAGUUUGGCGUUAAGGGGCAGGAAUAAUCAUUUUUUUAAAGUCCUUAAAAAUUCACUGGGAAAAUUUUGACCCACCCAGACAUAAUUGAGCAAAUGUUCUGUAAGAGUGUUCUAAUCUUCAUGAAUCAAGAUUUUGUGUUUUGGCACAACCCAUAGCCUGUGUGUUAAACUGUUUUUGUUUUUACUUUAAUGCUGUUAUAAAUUGAAAAUGAACAAAACCAAAGCAUGUCUAUGUAUAUAUGCAUGUGAGUAUGUGUACACGAAUAAGUGAGAAAUAGUUGCAGUUGAAAUCUGCUUUAAAAUACCGUAUUGGCCCAGAUAUAAGCCACACACUUUUUUUACAAAUUCCGACUGUGAAAAGUUAAAGCGCGUCUUAAAUUCGCGACCUUACAAAAAUUGACUUUGACGGUAUUGCUGCUGAAACAGACGUACGGUAAAAUGGAACGGGUGUGAGUGCCUGCAGAUUUUUUAAGGGAGCGGCUUAUAUUUGGGUGUUGUCUUUUUUUCUCUCCCUCCCCCCUUGAAUUUUAAAGGUGCGACUUAUUUGUGGGUGUGGCUUAUAUUCGGGCCAAUACGGUAUUACUCUGAAGUUUGUCUGUUCCCAGUUAUAUACUUCUACGCUUUAUGAAGAUGGCAGGUGUUGAGCGGUGGGCAGAAACUCUGAACCUGUCUUUGCUUGCCAUCAUUUCUGUGGCUUUCCUGCUAAGUGUACAGAUUUAGUGUUAAGUUGUGGGUGAACAUAUCAGACGACACAGCAAUUCUUCAGACAGCUCUUGUUUAUUCAGAGGCCAGAACAGAACUGAAUUGAAGGGCUCAGUCAGCCUGCUUAUAUAGAGCUCCAGUACCACGUUACUGUAACAACUUUCUAAAACUAUCCAAUCACUGAACGUCACUUUCGAUCCUUCAUUUGCAUAACUAUCUACAGUAUCCAUCCAAUCACUGAACGUCACUUUCGAUCCUUCAUUUGCAUAACUAUCUACAGUAUCCCCCUGCUGGCCCAGGGUGAGAACUUCGGUACAUAACAUUUAGUGCACACAAACUACUGCUCCCUGCCUUAUAUUAGUACUGAGAGCCUUCUCUGGAAGAUGUAUAGCUUCUCUGAGCUCUGCUUCUCCAAUCGAGUUGCUGUUUCCCCUUGUGUGCAGACCUAGCUCCCUCGACUGAACCCUUCUCUGCUCAAACGCUAGGCGCAAAGAACUCCCCUGCCUCUCUUACCCAAUCAUGGGAUUGCCUGAAUAUAUAUGUGUGUGAGUAUAUACUACUUUUAAAAGACGCCUGCUUCUUGGGAGAAAAGUAAUGACAAACCUAGACAGCAUCUUAAAAAGCAGAGACAUCACCUUGCCAACAAAGGUCCGUAUAGUUAAAGCUAUGGUUUUCCCAGUAGUGAUGUAUGGACGUGAGAGCUGGCCCAUAAAGAAGGCUGAUCGCCGAAGAAUUGAUGCUUUUGAAUCCUGGUGCUGGAGGAGACUCUUGAGAGUCCCAUGGACUGCAAGAAGAUCAAACCUAUCCAUUCUUAAGGAAAUCAGCCCUGAGUGCUCACUGGAAGGACAGAUCGUGAAGCUGAGGCGCCAAUACUUUGGCCACCUCAGGAGAAGAGAAGACUCCCUGGAAAAGACCCUCAUGUUGGGAAGGAUGGAGGGCACAAGGAGAAGGGGACGACAGAGGACGAGAUGGUUGGACAGUGUUCGCGAAGCUACCAGCAUGAGUUUGACCAAACUGCGGGAGGCAGUGGAAGACAGGAGUGCCUGGCGUGCUCUGCUCCAUGGGGUCACGAAGAGUCAGACACGACUAAACGACUAAACAGCAACAUAUACUACUUUAAUAGGGAUUGUCUAAAUUGGUUCCUCUUCUGCCCCCCUUACUUGCCAGCAUAAAAUUGUGCUAUUUCCACACCGAAGACCAAUGAACUGAAUGAUGUUAAAGUUGUCUUUGUUGCCAAUAUUCUGUUUCUCAUCAGAGUUUUUUGUUUAUACAGCUUUACUUUUUCGGUCUGGCUUUAUUUACUCCAUUACUGCAAAAAACCACUGUGUGGAAUACUGUAUUUCAUUGAUUCUGAGGAAAUGUACAGUACUCCGGCUGUGUUUUUAACGAAUGAAGGUAAGUUGGGGGGGGGGGGGCUCCAGACAGAAAUAAUAAUAAUAAUAAUAAUAAUAAUAAUAAUAAUAAUAAUAGUAUGAUGUCACUUUCUCUUGUUCAAGGCAGCCCAAAGCAACAACCAAAUUUAAUUUGUAAUCCCUUCUCUCAAGUAAAUUUAAUUCACAUUAUUAUUCAAAAUCCUCCCUAGCCUUCAAAGAAGGGCAGUCAAAUGGAUGGAAAAGGGAGCAAACAGGGCUAUAGGAUUGUAUGUGGGCGGGGAAGAAGUAUGUGCAAAAGAGGCAUUUGAUUCUAUGGUCUCCCUGCCCCUCCGAGCGCUCGCACUAACACAGAGAGUGGAAAACUCAAGGCUCUUGCAUUAUAUAGACUAGGGAGAUUGAACUGGCAAUGGCUGGGUGACUAUUCAAGUACAGUGGUACCUAGGGUUACAUACGCUUCAGGUUACAGACUCCGCUAACCCACAAAUAUUACCUUGGGUUAAGAACUUUGCUUCAGGGCGAGAACAGAAAUCAUGCUCCAGCGGCGUGGCGGCAGCAGGAGGCCCCAUUGGCUAAAGUGGUGCUUCAGGUUAAGAACAGUUUCAGGUUAAGAACGGACCUCCGGAACGAAUUAAGUACUUAACCCGAGGUACCACUGUACUGCUUUAGUCAAAACACACAAAGGAGGAAGCCUGCACUGUCAAAGGAGAGCCCGCGUCCUACUUUUGCUACAACUAGCCUCUAGACCCAUGGUUCCCAACGUAGGGCACACGCCCCACAGGGGGGCAAUUUGAUUUUUGAAGGGGGGCAAUUUGAGAAUGAGUUAUUAACAGUUAAUGGCCUUUUAGGCCUCCUCCAGGCACGCGGGUGGCGCUGUGGGUUAAACCUAGGACUUGCCGAUCAGAAGGUCAGCGGUUCGAAUCCCCACGACGGGUGAGCUCCCGUUGCUCGGUCCCUGCUCCUGCCAACCUAGCAGAUCAAAACCACACCAGUGCAAGUAGAUAAAUAAGUACCGCUCCAGUCGGAAGGUAAACGGCGUUUCCGUGUGCUGCUCUGGUUUCGCCAGAAGCGGCUUAGUCAUGCUGGCCACAUGACCCAGAAGCUGUACGCCGGCUCCCUCGGCCAAUAAAGCAAGAUGAGUGCCGCAACCCCAGAGUCGUGCGCGACUGGACCUAAUGGUCAGGGGUCCCUUUACCUUUGCCUAGGCUUCCUCCACAUGAAUUGGAGUUCACUUUUUGAAUAAUAGGAAUUAUAUGUCACCGGGGGGGCAUGCACCAGGAUUUUGGAGAUGCUUAGGUGGAGCAUGGCAAAAAAAAAAAAAAAAUGUUGGGAACCACUGCUCUACACUUAAAUUAGGACCCUAUUCUCUGGGAACCCUAAUUUGCUGGGUGGGGAACCAUGACAUUAAAGAGGUAUAAAACUGAUACAGGACUGCAGUAUAGAUAUGCCCUUUGAGAAACACUCAGCUAGGCAACUUUUACCAGUUGCUUAAUCACUGUCUUUGGGACAUUUUGCCUGUGAGGUGCUCUCCACGCAGUCUUCACAGAAGUGUGUGUUGUUGCCACCCAGCUCAUGCUAAGGCAUCCUUUGUGUGAAGAAACUCACUCUUGUCAGUGGCCUUUGUGCAGUCACCCCAAAGCACACAAGACUGAAAAAUGUUUACUGAUUAGUUGGGUGGAAAUUGUGUACAUUUAAAAACGCUGGUAGCAUUAAGAUAACUUCAACAGCGUAAAUAAGUUUCAGUGGUGUAAUAAUGGAUUACUGAAUGGUUUAGUUCAUGUAAAAUACGCAGUGAUGUAUGGUAUGCAAAAUGAACCACGGAAAGAGAAGAAGGGAGUCAUUGAUGUAAGGUUGUCUAAAUGAGCAUCUUGAAAUGUAAAUUAGAAAAAAUUAAUAAAAGCUAUAGAAAGAAGAUGAAGCUCACUCUUAUAAGCGGCUUUUGUGUGGCCACCCUAAAGCAUACAACUGUAGCUGCUCAAAAAUGGCAGCCAGUUGCGUGUGUACAACCGAUGCAAAAGCAACACAUCACCAGAAUUAUCUUUUUGUAUGAACCCCUGUUCUUUCCUGAGGCAGUUAUGUAGGGACCACCUUGUGUGAACUGACCCUAGGCAGUUUUGGACCCAAUGAAUAUUCUGGAUGCACUCGGUGACUUUGACAUUGCCGAAGCAAAGCAGGUGUAAACUUGAUCGAUCAAGUACCAACACCUGACCAAUGAGGAAUUUGUCAGCAAAUGGCAGAAAACCAUGGCUAAAAAGCCACCUCUAUUGGUCUGUCACCCCCAACUGUAUAACCUGGGUUAUGAAGGUGCCCAAAAGAUGUUAAAGCAAAGAUUAUGGGAUAAUGCACACAGUGACUUGCGAUCUCAAUCACACACAGUCUGUAGUCCGCUGGCAGUAGGAGUACAAUAUGGGUGUGUCUUUAAGUUAACAUCUUACAUUAAAAACCUGACAGUACCUAACUGUCGAAGGCUUUUCACCAAAACCAGACUAAACGUCUUUCCUUCUGCAGUGUUGGAUGGCAGGUUGAGAGGAGUUCCCUACCAGGACAGACUUUGCUCGUGUGCUCAAGACAUCGAUUCCAUAAAACAUAUUUUGUUGCACUGUGCAAAAUAUGAGCAAGCCAGGGCUGAACUGAUACUACCCUUGCUGGUACCUUUCCUGGGAAAAUCAGAGGCUCACUAUGUCAGGUUCCUAUUGGAAGACCGGACAAAUGCUAGAACAUUAGCAGUGGCAAAGUUUUUAUCGGUGGUUGCAAGAACCAAUGAUCCCUAUAUUCUGAACAAAAUGCUUGUUUAACCUGGAUGUAGGCUGUAUGAAUUGUGUAUUGCUUUGUAAUGAUUUGUUGGGUCUCUGGACCGUAAUAAAGAUUGAUGAUGAUGAUUGAUCAAGUCAAUAUAUUUGCGGCCUUCGCAUAACUGACAAGAGUUCUUUCCUGGGAUUUGUUUUCAGGUGACGUUCAUAUCCAGAUACAUCUUCUCAGAGGGGGAGAUGUGGCAGUGAAGACAACCUUCAGCCUUCCUCUGAAGCAGUGGCUUCGACUUGAUCUCUCCAUUAGCGGCGGGCAGGUAUCUAUGUCGCCUCAGUUGCCCUCGCGUAGCUGAGUGUGAGGAGAAUAUGUGUAGCAGUUGGAAGCGCCUGUGAAUGGAGAUUCUAAAAUAGCCUUGUCAGAAUUGUAAGGACAAUCAACAUAUUUGCAUGUUCAGGCCCAGAGACCUCCCCCUUAAAUACAUUCACACAUGACUCAAAUUUUAGUUUUGGUUUUUGGCAGAAUUUAGGCCACAACUUUAUUGAUUACAGAGGGUGAGUGGUUGCAUAGGUUCUGGUUCGACUAGCUCCCUGCACCCUUGCAGGCAGCGCUGACCCAGGGCACCAGCAUAGGUCAGCCUAGGGCGAACACCUGGAUAGGCGGAAAGCCGGGAACAGACUACGUUCACCACCCAAAUUUCCCCCUGGACUCAGGCACGGGCACAACCCCCUCACAGGGGUCGACCAAACCAGUUGAGUCCCUGGAUUCCUUUAACGGAAUGCCCUUCACACAGGGAUGGCGAGACCACUCUCCCAUCCCUAUCACCUGAACCAGAGCCUAUCCGCAACCUUACAAGUUGUGACGAUUUGCUACGCGGCAGGCAAAAUCCAAAUGGCACCCACCAAUCAGCCAAGUGGGGAAAAUUCCUGCUGUGCUGGGCUGGUUUGGUGACUGAAGACUGACUUGGCUCUUACACCAAUCUUAUAUUAGGUCUCCCUUCGGCUUUAUGCUGAUGUUUUCAGCCCUUAGGUGCAUCCACCUGACCACUAGGUCCAGUCGUGGCGGACUCUGGGGUUGCAGCGCUCAUCUCGCUUUAUUGGCCGAGGGAGCCGGCGUACAGCUUCCGGGUCAUGUGGCCAGCAUGACUAAGCCGCUUCUGGCGAACCAGAGCAGUGCACGGAAAUGCCGUUUACUUUCCCGCUGGAGCGGUACCUAUUUAUCUACUCGCACUUUGACGUGCUUUCGAACUGCUAGGUUGGCAGGAGCAGGGACCGAUCAACGGGAGCUCACUCCGUCACGGGGAUUCGAACCGCCGACCUUCUGAUCAGCAAGUCCUAGGCUCUGUGGUUUAACCCACAGCGCCACCCGUGUCCAUAUAUAAAGACAGUGAAUUCUUGUGGUUCAGCUGACCAACCUGGCAAGAAUUUGUUGCAUUUUGCAAGCCGUGAUGAAAUAAACCUGUUUUCCAUUGGUUCACAUGUAUGUUUUCAAAACUAAAAUUUAAUUUAUUUUUGUUUUAGAUAGAAAUUACCAGUGUUGGAAAGAAUCUGAAAAUUCAUCGGCAUCAAACUUUUAUGUAAGACUAACUUGCCCUCCAUUCUAACAAGUAGUGUGUAUUCUUUUCUUUCUUUCUUUUUAAAAAAAGAUUAAAAUUUUACAAUCACAUAUCCAAUAUACAACAUAAAGGCAAAAUCUCCUCCUCCCCUUUGUGGGUCCUAUUGUUAAUCAUUUCUUCCCGCCCUGUGGAAUGCCCUCCCAUCAGAUGUCAAGGAAAUGAACAACUAUCUGACUUUCAGAAGACAUCUGAAGGCAGCCCUGUUUAGGGAAGCUUUUAAUGUUUGAAGUUUUAUUCUGUUUUUAAUGCUUUGUUAAAAGCUGCCCAGAGUGGCUGGGGAAACCCAGCCAGGUGGGCAGGGUAUAAAUAAUAAGUUGUUGUUGUUGUUGUUGUUUUUAAUAAUAUUUAUUGAGAUUUCAAAAAAACAAAAAAUACAAAAAUUACACAAAAACAAAAAAUAGAAAAUACAAAAACUUACACACAAUAAGAAAAAGAUACAAAAGUAAAAAAUAAAAAUAUGAGAAAGUAAAAAAUACAGAAGAAAAAUAAUAGUAAAGAAGAAAAAACAUUAGACCUCCUCCUCCUCCCUUCCUUUGUAUUCUAGUUAUUAAUUAUCCCAGCAAAUCCUUUCCAUCUUUCUAUUAUAAAAUAAACCUUAAAAUUUAAAAUUUAGAUCUUAACUUUACCAGCUUCUUAUAUUCAUAAUGUUCUUUCAUAAUUCUUUAAUAGUUAUUAAUUAUCCCAGCAAAUCCUUUCCAUCUUUCUAUUAUAAAAUAAACCUUAAAAUUUAAAAUUUAGAUCUUAACUUUACCAGCUUCUUAUAUUCAUAAUGUUCUUUCAUAAUUCUUUAUACAUCUUUACUAAGGCCAAAUAAUUUCUUCCAACAUUUUUCUAUCAUUCAUUUUUCUAUCAUUCUAACAUUCAUCAACUUUAUAAAACAUUCUAUUAGUUAAAAAAAGACAAAAAAAGAGAAAAAAGCAUAUAAACAAGUCCAAUCUUAAUCCAACGUCCCUUCCUCCUGGUUUCGGGAUUUGUCAGUCCUUAUUCCUCAAUCUAACCCGGUGACCUUAUGUCCGAGGCCCUCAAGUCACUUCCAUGGCCCUUCCGCAGCUUUUCUUCAUAUUUGUGGCUGUAGUCACUUGCUCGUAGUAGCUCCAACUUAAUAGUGUUUUUAACCCUUCUCAUCAGAUCAGAUCCUUUUCCCUGUUCAUCGCUGCAUUCCAUGUAGUAUUUAAGAACAUACUUCAAGGGCCCUCCGAUUUGUGGGCCCCCACAAUUCCAAACAUGUCGCAGCCUGUUACUGUAUUUAAAAGUCCAGAUAUCCCAACAUAGGGGGUCAAUCCAGCCCCCAUUUCCAAACCACACCAAACUUUCCCUUCCCAUAUCUGAUUUUUUCCAAGUUCCAUUAUCAAAUCCGAAGGAUCAAGCUCCUGUUGAGACUGUUCUGUCAAGCCACACUCCUGAUUUAAUGCCACAAACCCCUGUUCUGUCAAAACACACUCCUGGUUUGAGUCCUGGAUAGACUCCACAUAUAUUCCCACAGUUUGAUCAACGCCUUCCACUGCCAGUCUGAGAUUUCCAGUCGACUUGGCCAUCUGGUUCACCUUAUCAUGUAGUUCUUCCAAUAGAAUAUUUGUUUUAUUGAGCAGGCAAACCACAACGUCUGAAAACAUUGUUGCACUCUCCCACGAUUCUUUGUAACAGCUGUCAAGUCCUUGGCAUUAGUUACAGUUUCUAAGGCUCCCCCUAGGAGAAGACUUAUAUUUGUUUCUAAUACAUUUCCAUGUUACUUAAAAUACUUUAUCCAUAUAUAUUCCUUUAAAAUGCGAAAGGGAACAGUAGAGUCACGAAAAUUCUCUUCUUUUAACUAUCUGUCACACACAAAUACCUUGAUUGGUUCACGUCAGUCCUGACUUCCCCGCUCCAGGAUCAGGACGAAAAUAACUUCCUUUUACUGCUUCAAAUAGUCCAAAAAAAAUAUUCCCAAUUUGAAAUGUUGGAAUCCACUCUUUUAAAAGCAAUUUUCAAAGCUCUAGUAUAAGUUGUCUUUGCUUUGUUAUAUUUACAAAAGAACGGAAGGGUGACUUCCUGUUUAGCCCUUACCGCUCCGUACCAAAUUCAAUCGAUUUUUCUUCUUUUUUUUUAUAGUCCAAUUCUGUCCUUUUCACUAGUCUUCAUUUAAUGUCCCAAUUUGUUCAAAUUCUGGGUACUCACGGAUAUUUGUUUUAAAGUCUGAAUUGUCCAGGAAAAAAGGCAGCGCUCUCCGGCAACAGCUACGCGGCUUCACUCCACAAAAGAAGCAGACGACUCGCAGCACAGCGCCUUCACUUCCCCGCUCUGUUCCGGAGCCCGUUGCCGGGCUCCUUUGCAGAUUGGGGGGGCGCAAACAGUGCCCGCCGAGUCCCAGGGUCACAGGCUUCACCCGCCUGUGGUUUGAAGGGUCCCCGCUUGUUGUUGUUGUUGUUGUUGUUGUUAUUACACUGGUCAACAACAAAUUUGUUGUCUGCAUUUUUUCAGCUGAUUUAGGACGAAUCUGAUUCGCUGAAUCCAAAAAUCACAUUGGUUUGCUCAAUCAGAUCAAGUUUUUGAGCUAUAGCCACAUGUCAUUUUUUUAUGUUUUUGUUCACAUAUACGCUUGUGUGGAGCAUUUUAGAAGAAGUUGGUGGAGGUAAAAUGCCAUGUCGAAUAAUUGUUUUGAUUGGAAAUUAUUAUUUUAAUGACAAGAAGUAUUCAGGUCCGAUAGUUCUGGGUGAUUAUGUCGAAAAGGGAUCAGUUUGAAGUCAUAAAACCUCGAAAUCUUCCAUAAAUUGGUGCUCAGCAUUACACGAAGAAGGACUGGCCUGUGCGGGAGGAAUUGGUGCCUUGCAGAAAAAGGAUCAUCAAUGACCCUCUGGUGGACAGAGACAGAACACUCUUCCCACUGCUGCACAUCAAGCUCGGGUUAAUCAAGCAGUUCACCAAGACUCUGGACAAGGAUGGUGACUGCUUCACUUACUUGUGCCAGGCUUUUCCAGGAUUGACCAUGGAGAAGUUGAAAGCUGGCAUCUUUGACAGUCCUCAGAUCCGUCAGCUCAUCAGAGAUCCAGAGUUUGGAAACUCAAUGAACGAAGUGGAACUGGAAGCGUGGGAGGCAUUUGUUCUGGUAGUGAAGAACUUUCUUGGCAACAAUAAGGCCAGAAACUACGCAGAACUUGUCAACAACAUGCUGACUGCUUUCAGAAACCUGGGCUGCAACAUGAGCGUCAAGAUGCACUACCUAUUUUCACAUAUGGACCGGUUUCCUGAGAACCUGGGUUCAGUGAGUGACGAGCAGGGGAGAGAUUCCAUCAGGACAUGAAAGAGAUGGAGACCAGGUAUCAGGGUCGCUGGGACGCAGUCAUGAUGGCUGACUACUGUUGGACUCUGAAGAGAGACCUCCCUGCCGCUGAGCAUUCCUGGAGUUCCAAGAAAUGGAUGUUCAAGCCCUGAAGUUUGAAAAAUGGUGAAGCAACAUGCAAUUUACAUGUACUUACCUUUAUCAAUGCCCACCAUUCAGUUUACAGUAAUCAAUGUUUCUAUCAGGUAAUCAAUAUAUGUUGUUGGAAAAACAUUUUUUUCUCUUAAAAACAUGUUUAGGAUGAUAUGUGUUGACAAGAAUCAGCUGAUAAUGCCACAAAAAUGUAAUCGAUUUUGUCACUAGAUCUGAUUUUUUUCAAAUCAACAUAGCACAAAAACCUGACCUGAUGGAGAGAAACGGAUGCCAUUUCCUGAUUCAGCAGUGCAAAAACACCCUAAAUCAGUUGUAGAAAUCUAGACAACAUUCAAAAAGUAAAAAAUUGUUGCCCAGUGUUAUUAUUAUGGCACCUUUCCAAAUUUCAUUUAAAGAAAAGCUUUGUUGACCGAUGUCAAACUGGAUUUCUCCUCACAAUGCAGGGGUCUUUAGAGAGAACACUCUGCUUGUGUCCCUGUAAGCCUCCAAACCAUCUUGUUUAAAAUAUAUUCCAGACUAUUCCAUGACAGAGUCCUCUGCCUGCCCGGCAAAUCAGAGGUUUUAUUUGCUUCAGAAUGUUUCAAAACCUUGACUUUUCUAGUUUUAGGGAGGAUUUCUAUUUCGAUGACACUUCCGGUUACUUGGCUCUUGGAGGCAGCGGCUAUUCAUCAAGUAUUGAAGGAUACUUUGGUCCAGUGAAAUACUAUCGUCUUAAUGGCCUAGAGACCAGAAAGGUGAGUGAACAGAAGGUAACAAAUAUGUCAAUAUGGAUCUAGAGUUACCUGUGCCUGCCUUUGACAUUCAUUUCCAAGGCAGUACUGUAACUCGGGUGGGCUAUCGGUUAUGAUGUGUAAGGAGUGAGCUCAGAUUCGCUGUUCCUUCCUCCUUGAGACGUUUUUGGCCAGAAUGCAGGACUAUUAACGGCAAAGGCUACUGCUGCAAGGGACGCGGGUGGCGCUGUGGGUUAAACCACAGAGCCUAGGGCUUGCCGAUCAGAAGGUCGGCAGUUCGAAUCCCCGCGACAGGGUGAGCUCCCGUUGCUUGGUCCCUGCUCCUGCCAACCUAGCAGUUUGAAAAGCUGUCAAAGUGCAAGUAGAUAAAUAGGUACCGCUCCGAUGGGAAGGUAAACGGCGUUUCCGUGCGCUGCUCUGGUUCACCAGAAGUGGCUUAGUCAUGCUGGCCACAUGACCCGGAAGCUGUACGCCAGCUCCCUCGGCCAAUAAAGCGAGAUGAGUGCCGCAACCCCAGAGUCGGUCACGACUGGACUUAAUGGUCAGGGGUCCCUUUACCUUUACCUUUACCUUUACUGCUGCAAAGGGCUGUGCCAUUUUCCUUGUCCUGUUAGAAAUCUGUAGGUUUAAAACUUGACUUGACACCAAGCAAUUGAAGGAAAUUUUGCUAAAGCUUCGCCACUCCAGCAAGCACAGAACAGGAAACACCUGACUUAUCUAAAUCCAAUUAAAUCCAAUGCCAACUAGUGUCUAAACCAUAUUGCAACCAAAAGUACAACAACAACAACAACAACAACAAUUUAUUAUUUAUACCCUGCCCAUCUGGCUGGGUUUCCCCAGCCACUCUGGGCGGCUUCCAACAAAAUAUUAAAAUAAAAUAGUCCAUCAACCAUUAAAAGCUUCCCUACAUAGGGCUGCCUUCAGAUGUCUUCUAAAAGUCUGGUAGUUGUUUUUCUCUUUGACACCUGGUGGGAGGGCGUUCCACAGGGCAGGUGCCACUACUGAGAAGGCCCUCUGCCUGGUUCCCUGUAACUUGGCUUCUCGCAGUGAGGGAACUGCCAGAAGGCCCCCAGAGCUGGACCUCAGUGUCCAGACAGAACAAUGGGGGUGGAGACGCUCCUUCAGGUAUACUGGACCGAGGCUGUUUAGGGCUUUAAAGGUCAACACCAACACUUUGAAUUGUGCCCGGAAAUGUACUGGAAGCCAAUGUAGAUCUUUCAAGACCAGUGUUAUGUGGUCUCGGCUGCCGCUCCCAGUCACCAGUCUAGCUGCCGCAUUCUGGAUUAGUUAUAGUUUCUGGGUCACCUUCAAAGGUAGCCCAACAUAGAGCGCAUUGUAGUGGUCCAAGCAAGAGAUAACUAGAGCAUGCACCACUCUGGCGAGACAGUCCGCAGUCAGAUAGGGUCUCAGCCUGCGUACCAGAUGAAGCUGGUAAACAGCUGCCCUGGACACAGAAUUGACCUGUGCCUCCAUGGACAGCUGCAAGUCCAAAAUGACUCCCAGGCUGCGCACCUGGUCCUUCAGGGGUACAAUUACUCCAUUCAGGACCAGGGAGUCCUCCACACCUGCCCACCUCCUGUCCUCCAAAAACAGUACUUCUGUCUUGUCAGGAUUCAACCUCAAUCUGUUAGCCGCCAUCCAUCCUCCAACCGCCUCCAGACACUCACACAGGACCUUCACUGCCUUCACUGGUUCUGAUUUGAAAGAGAGGUAGAGCUGGGUACCAUCCGCAUAUUGAUGAACACCCAGCCCAAACCCCCUGAUGAUCUCUCCCAGCGGCUGCAUGUAGAUGUUAAAAAACAUGGAGGAGAGGACAGAACCCUGAGGCACCCCACAAGUGAGAGCCCAGGGGUCUGAACACUCAUCCCUCCCACCACAUGUUUUAUUUAAAUAAACUAGUUAUAUAUAGAUAUAGAUAUAGAUAUAGAUAUAGAUAUAGAUAUAGAUAUAGAUAUAGAUGAUAUAGAUAUAGAUAUAUAUAGAUAUAUAUAUUUAUGAUAUCAAAGUUAUGAUACUGUUACGAUGGAACCAUGUAAGCUUUUUUUAAAUAAAAAGUUGAUGAACGUUAUAUUAUUCUUAAGUAUACUAAUAAUUUAUUAAAAUAAGAAAAAUAUAUAACUAAAUGACAGAAUCCACACAGACAGUCUAAUGACCAGUUUAGCCACUUGGAUGGAAUAGUUUAUUCCUCUAUGAGCCCAGCCUUGGCUGGGGAGGGCAGGGUAUAAGUAAAAAUUAUUAUUAUUAUUAUUAUUAUUAUUAUUAUUAUUAUGUGAGAACUUUAUCAGGAAGUUUUUUUGAAGCUUGCAUGAAUAUGUGGCAAUAACAUCCCAUUAGCAUUUAUAUUAAAAAUGUCUAUCAAGCAUACUUUAUACCCCUUUCAGGUGGAUAGGGAGAAUCUCGUCAUCUAUAAUAAAGUGUUCAAAAUAGGCAAUUUGUCUGUAUUACGCCGAUCUGCAAACGUCUGUGGUCACUUGCCUGUGUUCUGCAGUAGGAAUAAAAAAUAGCGUUCCUGCAUUUUAGCAAUUUCUUAAAAUAUAUGCAACGGUUUUAUAGGAAACGCAUACGAUUACUACUCUUCCCCUCACCCACAGAUUUCUAACCCUUUCUACAAAGAAGACAUUUUGGAAAGAAUUGACCUUUACUAUCAAAAAUGUUUUGCUGUCCAGAGCACAUCGCCCAGGCAUGGAUUUGUGCAGAAACACAAAGAGCAAAAAUGCAAGUAGCGAGACCAGAACUUGGCAUCAUGUAGGGUUACAGGAUCUCCUAUCAUUUGUUUGUUUGUUUAAUUUAAAAGAAGCUGUGAGGAUAAGGCAAUUGAGGCCAAAUAUGUGGAACUAAAGGUAUUCCUUCUCUGCUCAAUGUUGAUUGAAAUAGAUAUUUGUUUACUCAUUAAGCAUCUUUAUGCCUCAAAUAUAUAUCUAUUCUGUGCAACUUUUGCUGUCAUUGUUUCUGAAUCUCGAGAAUCAUAUUUUGCUAAUGGUACCGAGAGCUCACUGUUAGAGGUCUUUGAAUUCCCGCACGGAAAGAAGGAAUAAUCUGUAAGCCAGUUUAGUGCUGCAAUCCUAAAUACACUGAGUAGGGAGUAAAUUCUAUUUACUUCAGUAGGGCUUAACACUGGGAGAUGUUUAUGUCAUGGAAUUCUACUCAAUAUUGCUCCAGAGCAGAUUCCAAUGUAUAGUUAGCAGAGUAAAAACUUAAACAUGUUACAGGAUUCCCCAAAAAUAGACCAGAGGCAAUUUCAUUUCGUCCAGCAGAGCUUUGCCUUAAUUAAAUCUUUAAGGCAGAUCUUUAAGGCAGCCCUGUUCAGGGAAGUUUUUAAUCUGUGAUAUUUUACUGUAUUUUUGGUUUCUAUGGAAGCCGCCCAGAGUGGCUGGGGAAACCCAGCCAGAUGGGCGGGGUACAAAUAAUAAAUUAUUAUUAUUAUUAUUAUUAUUAUUAUUAUUAUUAUUAUUACUGCUACUGAAGGCAAAUGAGCAUAAUGGUCACAAAUCCAAUACGUUCAGGAUUGGCACUGUCCAUAAGAAAUCCAGUUGCAGCAGACUUAACUUAAACUUACAAUAACUCAUAAUAAGUCUAAACCUUAACACUAUAGUGUACUAUGUACAGAACACCACACCAGAAGGAAAAGAGAUAGAAAGAGAAAAGUGAAACCAAGGCUCCUUCUGGCCUCUUAUUAUAGUCAGCAUGACCUUGACAAAAAGAGAUAACAGAGUCUGUUUAAGCCAGCUGUACUCAGCUUCUCAGGACGCGAGUGGCGCUGUGGGUUAAACCACAGAGCCUAGGACUUGCCAUUCAGAAGGUCGGCGGUUUGAAUCCCUGCGAUGGGGUGAGCUCCAGUUGCUUGGUCCCAGCUCCUGCCAACCUAGCAGUUUAAAAGCACGUCAAAGUGCAAGUAGAUAAAUAGGUACCACUCCGGCGGGAAGGUAAACGGCGUUUCCGUGCACUGCUCUGGUUCGCCAGAAACGGCUUAGUCAUUAAAGCGAUUAAAGCGAGAUGAGCGCCGCAACCCCAGAGUCGGCCACGACUGGACCUAAUGGUCAGGGGUCCCUUUACCUUUUUACUCAGCUUCUCUGAAGGUAUAACCCAAACACCAUGAACCUUCUGCUUGUUUCUUUCACACAGAGAAACUUCCAGAACCCUCUUUAACUGAAUUAGAAUCAGAAAGAUCUCUACACAUAAGAUUAAUCCUUUCUGCACUAAGAAAUGCAAACUGACAGUUUAGGAUCAUGCUGCAUGUCUUUGGUGUAGUUGUAUCAACAGUCUUAGGUUCAGGCACUUUAAAAUCGACCCAGGGGAACACAAUCUAAAACCAAAAUCAAGUGAUUUUGUGACGGCAUUAAGUAAUUCUGAAGUGGGAAGGUGGACACCUAUAUGUGAGAAGUUUCACAGAUACAGCUAGGAUAAUAAUAAUAAUAAUAAUAAUAAUAAUAAUAAUAAUUUAUUAUUUAUACCCCGCCCAUCUGGCUGGGCUUCCCCAGCCAUUCUGGGCGGCUUCCAAAAAAAUAUUAAAAUACUGUAAUACAUCAAACAUUAAAAGCUUCCCUAAACAGGGCUGCCUUCAGAUGACUCGCUUUCAUUUUCUCCAGGCCUUUAUGAAAACUACUAUCUGGAAAUGAUCAAUAAAUAUGGAGGACGCCCCAAGGAUGCAGCCUUCAGCUGGAGACAAGAACUUUUGGAGAAAUACUACAACAUGUUUAAACAGUUGCAAGAGACAGGUCUACAGUUAUCAGGAGGUAAUUGGAGAUUUUACAUCUUUCCUUUUCUUUAUCAAUCACUUAACUUUUGCAAGAAACAUGUGGCUUUUCAGCUUUUUCCUCUUUUGUUUUUGCCGUGAUCUUAGAGACUGCUGGUUCUCCUUGGACCACAUUUUAACAAACAAUUGUGUUAGGAAUAAGGUUCUGCUCUUACGCUCUCCAUUGUGGCAUACCAGCCCCCAGGGUUGUAUAUUAGUGGCACAGGGAGAAAAUCACAUCAGAUGCCAGACCCAAAGAGAUAUCUUUGGCUCCUUCCACACUUUGUGGGGAUUUCUGAUACAUUAAGGUAGAUACUAGUGUUAUGUACUGAAGUUCUCACCCUGGGCCAGCAGGGGGAUACUGUAGAUAGUUUUCACUCAGGUCCACAUAUGCAAACAAGGGAUUGAGAGUGACGUUCAGUGAUUGGAUAGUUACAGAAAAUGGUUACUGUUGCGUUCUAGUGGAGCUCUAUAUAAGCAGGCUGGCUGAACCCUUCAGUUCAGUACUGCUCUUGCCUGUGAAUAAACAAGAGCUGUUUGAAGAAUCGCUGUGUCGUCUGAUAUGUUCACCCACAACUUAACAAGUAGUAUGUGCCCUUUGUGGAAUGCGAGUGCAGUUUCAUUUCUGUCACCACAAAGAAAAUGAAUGCCCUGCAAUAAAUAGCAAGGACUAAAUUUGUUUUGGACAACAGAUUCACUCCCCUUCCCCUGUAAAAAUUGCCGUCCUUUUGCACUAAGAAAAGCGAUAAUAAAUUACACUGGAAAGUGAAGGAUAACUGCCACAUGACUGGGAUGCUAUAUGUAUAACCUCUGUGAAUCUGUGAAAGUGAUGGCACAAUAUACAUGUUACUGUUGGGAAUCAAGCCUUUAUCAGGAGAAACUGGCCACUCUCCAGGCACCCGGCUUGAUCUCCUGUUGACCUCCCUGUCUGCAUUCUCCAGCAGGAUCCAGGCUAGGUCGCGAUAGGCGAUCCUCCUCAGAGUGAGAAGAACACACCCCCUCUUUCCUGCCCCCCCAGGGCAGGGGAAAGAGAUAGACAGAAACGUAUUUACAUUCCUUUAUUUCUGUCUUUGCAGCGUUACAAAAUCAUGUCUGCUCUCUUCAAGCUUCAGCAGUCGAGAGACAAACUCCUCCUGUACUUCCUGUACAGCUCAUAUUACACUCUGAGCUAAUUCCGGUGCCCUCUGCACUGUGAAUUGACUGUCCCUCUGUUUCCCACGGAACAGUCCCAACAUUCCCAUUAUGUUUUGCUUUCAAGCUACCAGCUCGCGGCCGCAUUGCUUCUAUAUCGUGACAUACUCCCCCAUAUGAAUCAAUGUGCGCUGCGAGCAAAGCGUGAUCCAGAGAAGAAAACAAACAGUUGUUAUACAUAUAACACUCCCCUGUUGUUUCAGUUCCAUCCUUGGAACUACCCGCCACUGGUUUCCCCAGUGUACCUCUCUGGUUGUCUGUCUUCCAAGGAAUGAGUGCAUCUGCAUUACCUUGGCUAGGGAAUGUAGUGUUAUGCUUAGCAACUCUCUGUUGUGUCUUUGUUUCUGACAUAGACACAGCUUCAACCUGUCUUGAGUUGUCAACAAUAGUAACACAUGCUACAGCUGAGUUAGCAAACUCUUUUGAAUACCUCUUGGGUGGUACACCCUUUGUAACUCUCUCAGACCUGCGUAUGAGGUGCUGAUCCUCUCUGCUCACUGGUUCAGUCUCAGGACUCUUUGGAGAACCAGUUCCAAUAGUAAACAGUGGUUCAUCCUUCACCUGUGAAGGUCUUUCCAUUGUGUGAGAUUUCCUCUCAAUGACUGUGUCAACUGAGCUCUUUGAGCUACCACUGUCACUCUCAGUACCACUGUAAUCAGUAAAAUCAUCAUCAUCAUCUGAAUCGUCCUCAGUGGGAAAUGUGUGAACAAUUACUCUCUCCUGUUCAGGAGCACUCUCUAGAGAACCACCUGACCAGAUUCAGACAAAAUUACUCUGUAGAGACCCUUUUCAUAACCCACAAAAAUGCCUCUAGCAUUCUUUACUCCACCUGGAGCUUCAGUCUUCACAUGAGAUCCAAAACCUUAAAAUGGGCAACAGAAGGUUUUCUGUGGAAUAGCUUUUCAAAAGGAGAAUAUCCUAAACCUUUUGAAACUUUUCUCACCCAACUGUAACAAAAACACAUUAACGAUUCCGCCCAAUACUCAUGUGGCAAAUGUGAACUCAGCAAUUGCGCCUUCAUGCCAUUUUGCAAUUCUUUGUUCACUUGCACACAGACACUUUUGUUCCAUGCAUCUGCUGAAACAGCAGUCUUGUGCCUUAUCCCUUUCUUGUCCAGGAAAUCCUGAAAAUCCUGUAAAAGAAAAACUGGCUUUUCAUCUGUGAAAAGACAAUCAAUGUUAGCAUUAUGAACAUCCUUAACCUUGUCACAAAACUCUUUAAACCUUUCUAAGGCUUCUUGUGGUUUCUGCAAUAUAUAUACCCACACAUAAUGAGAGAAAUAAUCCACACACACAAGAUAAUAUCUUGCAUUGCCUCUAGACGGUGCUAGAGGACCAAUCACAUCAGCAUACACUCGCUGAAAAGCUUUGGUUACUUGCGUCGUCUUCUGGACGUUUUUCGACACACCUGCGAGAGAAAUCAUGUUAGACACAGAUGCAUUACAACUUAUGCAAUCACUUUGAUCAAAAGUCAACAAAUACAGUCCAUCUUUCUCUCUGGCAGAAAGAUACAGCUCUCCAUCUUUGAAGAUUUUGCAGCUUUCUCUAUCAUAGGACAAAGUCAGUCCUUUCUUUGUGAUCUGCGAAACACUCAGCAGAUUGAACUUUAAAUGAGGAACCAAAUACACAUUGUUUAUAGUCAAGUUCAGACUCUCAAGAUACACAGUUCCAAACCCGGUCGCUUCCAGCUCCUGACCGUUGGCUUGUUUCACAGUGUUUUGCUUUCAAGCUACCAGUUCGUGGCCGCAUUGCUUCUAUAUCGUAACAGUUACAGCAUUAUUGCAGUGGCGUAGCGUGGGGGGUGCAGGGGGGGCCGGCCGCACCGGGCGCAACAUCUGGGGGGGGCGCUCGCACUCGCAGCUCUCUGCCCCUACCUGGCUCACUCACUCUCUCUCACUGCAGUGCUGGCUGUGCGAAUCUGAUCCGAGCCGCUGGGUCACCGCCCACUGUGGAGGGGGUGGGUGCCAGGCGUGCGGUGCGGAGAGAGAGCGAGGGACUAUCUGGGGGAGGGACAGUGCAGCGGCCGCCCAGCGCAGCGCUGAGCGCGGGAGAGAACCACACCAGACCAGCCCAGGCAGCAGCAAGAAGAAGCUGGCAGCGGCGGCAGGUUAGAGGUUAGGGGGCGCAAAUUACUUGCCUUGCCCCGGGUGCUGACAACCCACGCUACGCCGCUGCAUUAUUGGUGUGUCUUGCAACCCCCUCACCCCCUUAUAGUAACUUUGGAUUAGGCACCAAAUCUACUUAAUAGUAAGCGUGUGGGAAAUUAAAGCUACCUAAUCAGAACCUGCUUGUUUUCACAGCCAGUAGUUUAAUUGAACAUUUAUAUCUUAUGAUUUUAGCACCUGAAGGCCAAAAGGACGCCAUUUUAGAAAUUGGGCGCAGCUUAUUUGAGACGGCGGCUCAAAAUCUUUCCAGAGCUGAUGGCCUACGUUAUAUAAACUCUUCUGUCUCGUCCCUGAUGGAUUCCAGCUGCUGUGGAGAUCACAGAGCGUCCUAUGCUCUUGGCGUGAUCUUUGAAAUAGGAUUGGGCAGGCCUGCAGACCCAGCUCAGGUGAGAAUUCGGAUGGCUCACAUUUGCCUAAGAACAGCUUGAGAAUUAGCAAUAGUUGCUAUUUCAUCUCCCAAGUCCCACUUUUAGGCUGGAGACAGUUUUUUCAGAGUCAAAGGUGGUGUUUCCACACUUCCACCUUUCACCUCUGAUCGACACGCUUGGCAUCUUUUUCUAUUUGUGAUGUUCUCCGCAAGACAAGUGUGUUCUGGGUCCCCUUUUCUUCCAGAGAGUAGGACUAGGAGUCACUUUGGUCUCUGUUCUUCGACUCAAAAUCAGCAUAGGGCAGGACUGAGGACAGCCUAUCCCUCUCAGCUCCCUCUUACAAACACACUGACUAUUCUUACAAUCUUGUUCUGAUACUCCUUUCUCUCUCUCUCUCUCUCUCUCUCUGUCUGUCUCUCUCUCUGUGUGUAUGUGUGUGUCAAAAGAAGACAGAGAGACAAAGGAAUGUUUAUUUAUACAUUGGGAAGCAAAGGUUCUGCUAUAUCCCUUUCAGCUCUCUUGAAAAACCAUUACUUCAUUUGCCCCUUACUGGCCUUAUUACUUUACAUAACUGUAAGCAGAGCAGGCACAAGACAAUGUGCCACCUGAGACCACAUCUCCGCUUGCUCCCUGCUGCCACUGCCACCUCACUUCCUCCUCCUUUCCUGCUUCAACAGCAUGGUAAGGUAAAAGGUGAAGGACCCCUGGACAGUUGAGUCCAGUCAAAGGCGACUAUGGGCUUGCAGCGCUCAUCUCACUGUCAGGCUGAGGGAGCCGGUGUUUGUCCACAGACAGCUUUCUGGGUCAUGUGGCCAGCAUGACUAAACCGUUUCUGGUACAGUGGUACCUCAGGUUAAGUACUUAAUUAGUUCCGGAGGUCCGUACUUAACCUGAAACUGUUCUUAACCUGAAGCACCACUUUAGCUAAUGGGGCCUCCUGCUGCUGCCGCGCCGCUGGAGCACGAUUUCUGUUCUCAUCCUGAAGCAAAGUUCUUAACUUGAAGCACUAUUUCUGGGUUAGCGGAGUCUGUAACCUGAAGCGUAUGUAACCUGAAGCAUAUGUAACCCGAGGUACCACUGUACAACAGAACACUGCGAUAGAAACCAGCGCACAUGGAAAUGCUGUUUACCUUCCCACCACAGUGGUACCUAUUUAUCUACUUGCACUGGUGCGCUUUCAAACUGCUAGGUUGGCAGGAGCUGGGACAGAGCAACGGGAGCUCACCCCAUCGCAUGGAUUCGAACCGCCAACCUUCUGAUCUGCAAGCCCAAGAGGCUCAGUGGUUUAGACCACAGCGCCACCCGUGUGACAGCAUGGCCACUCUGGGCCUCAUUCUGAGGAGACACCUAGCCUUUCUCAGAACAAAGCAUUGCAGGUGAGAUCAUCCAGAGAGGGCCUGUGCCACUGCCGCCUGCGCAAACGGCAGCGUGUUGCUUUUUGAAGUCAGCUGGAAAGUUUUGCGCUAACCUCAAACGAGAAUCUCCUGCUCUCGCAGCAGAGGAAAGCAGCGUGAGAGCUCCUUGGGGGAUCUGGCCCAGAAGGACCCCUUCCUCAGGAUGAGGCAUGGUAUAAAGGGAAGUUCUCUUUCUGCACAUAACUGUGGCAUUAUGGGAGAAGUAUUGCUUCUUUUCUCUUGCAUUCUGGGAAGUCUCACUUAUAAUCUUUUCUCUGCUUCUGCACACACUGUACAAACCUGUUCUAAACACCAAGACAUUCCCUCAUUCCUCAGUUCAUUUUAAGUUCAUGAACAAACAAUAUGAUCUGUUCUUAAUGCAUAGCUGACCACAUCUACGGAACUCGAUUAUUAUAUUCUUUCAUGUUAUGAUCAAUCAUUAGUAAUUGUUUUAGUCAUGCUAUAUCAAUCUUUAGUUAUAAUUUAAUUAGGAGGUUUUAUGCCUGUCUAGUUCCAGCUCCGUUUCCCAGCCUUUAAUCUAUCGGUGAUUAAUGUUAUAUGUAAUUCCCGCCUUGUACUUAUGUUAACCAAUCAGCAACAAGUUGCUUUGUGUUUGUAUCAACCAAUCAGCCACAAGCACACCUGUGGCAAUGUUUGUAAUAUUCAAUAAAAGAGAGUUCCCGGGGCUUGCCCCAGGAGACGCCUCUCAUAUGACACCUGUCACUCGUCUGUCGUGAAUUCAUUCCAACAAUGGUGUGCCGGCAUCGCUGCUACUUCGUUGGUGGGCAGCGGGUGGGUGGCAAAGAGGGAGGCACAGUGGCAGUCGUGGCAGUCAUCAGCCACAAGGGUGGCAGCAGGCCCUCUUGCUAAUGCAGUGUUUCUCAAACCUGCGUCCCCCAGCUGUUGUUGGACUACAACUCCCCUUAUCCCUAGCUAGUAGGACCAGUGGUCAGGGAUGAUGGGAGUUGUAGUCCAACGUUUUGAGAAAUACUGAUAAUGGAAGGGGGUGUUCGCAACCCACCUAGUCUUCCUCAUCUUCAUCUGAGGCAGAAAGUCCUGGCAGGGCCAGGAUCAUAGCUGUCAACUUUCCCUUUUUUUGCGGGACGGGGAAUUCCCUUAUUCCAGCGCCGUUUCCCGCUGCUAUCCCGGAUUGUUAGAUAUCCCGUAGACUAUCCCGUAGACAGGUGAGGCUGCUGAUCCCUUAUUUUCGAGGCUGCUGAUCCCUUAUUUUCAAAUCUGAAAGUUGACAGCUAUGGCCAGGAUUGCAAAAACCCCUCAGAGCUUACAGUUGCUGUUCUACGCUUGCUGCUAUUUACAGUCAUACCUCAUGUUACGUCCGCUUCAUGUUACGUUCUUUCAGGUUACGUCCCGCGGCGACCCGGAAGUACCGGAAAGGGUUACUUCCGGGUUUCGCCGCUCGCGCAUGCACAGAAGCGCAAAAUGACAUCAUGCGCAGAAGCGGUGAAUCGCAACCCGCGCAUGCGCAGACGUGCCGCUGCGGGUUGCGUUCUUUUCAUGUUGCGAACGGGACUCCAGAAGGGAUCCCGUUCACAUCCAGAGGUACCACUGUACUGAACUUAAUCUAUGGUUCGCAAUGUAGAUACUCUCAUUUCUCUGGGGUUUUUCUAUUGGCCACGAUUAAAUUUACGCUCCUCUCUUUUAAUUUUUGCCAGGGGCUUCUGUACAGUUUGGUUGCAGCUCAGGGCGGUGAUAGGCUGGCCUUGAUGAGCCUCGGAUAUAAGCAUUACCAAGCCAUUAAUGGUUACCCACGAGAUCUGGAAUUGUCAUAUGCUUAUUAUAGUGAUGUCGCCUUAAAGACGCCACGUGAUCAACACGUUUCCGAAGGAGACCAGGUAAAAAGAAACGUGCAGUUGAGAUUUGAUCCCCGUCUUUCUGAUAAUGGAAUGUUUCCAAAUACAUUACUGGGAAAUUUUCUGUCAAAUCACUGUAGUGAAUAACCCUCCUGACUGAAAUCUGAAGUGACAAUGCCUUUUUUAAAAAAAGUUUUUAUUUAUACUUUUCAAAUUUAUACACUUCAAUAAUUUUACAAUCAUUUUAACAUUUCAAAGUUUGACUUCCUUCCCCCUCUUUCUGCGGUUCCUUAAAUUUAUUUCUUAAUAUCUUCUGCUUAUCCAAAUUCAUCUAUUUUAAAUAUAAACUCUUAUGAAACUGCAGGUUAUUACAAUAAUCCUGCCAAUGUUUUUAUCUGCAAUCUGUAAAUAUUCAACAAGCCAUUUUCAUUCUUUUAUAAAAAGUUUGUUAUCUUGAUUUCUUAUUCUUCCGGUAAGUUUUGCCAUUCCUGCAUAUUCCGUAAGUUUUUGUAUCCAUUCUUACUUUGCUGGGACUUCUGCUUCUUUCCAUUUUGGGGCAAGUAGAAUUCUUGCAGUUGUAGUAAAAAAAGGUAAAGGACCCUGACCGUUAAGUCCAGUCGCGGAUGAUUCUGGGGUUGCAGCGCUCAUCUUGCUUUACUGGCUGAGGAAGCCAAUGUUUGUCCACAGACAGCUUUUCCGGGUCAUGUGGCCAGCAUGACUAAGCUGCUUCUGGUGAACCAAAGCAGCGCAGGGAAACGCUGUUUACCUUCUCGCCGGAGUGGUCCCUAUUUAUCUACUUGCACUUUGACGUGCUUUUGAACUUCUAGGUGGGCAGGAGCUGGGACCGAGCAACGGGAGCUCACUCCGUCGCGGGGAUUUGAAACGCUGACCUUCCGAUCAGCAAGCCCUAGGCUCAGUGGUUUAGACCACAGUGCCACCCGCGUCCCAUACUGCUGUAAUAGCAUACAUAAAUAAAUUUCUAUAAAAUUUAGGUAGUUCUGUCCCUAUAAUUCCCGAAAGAAAGUGAUGAUGUUGAUGUUUUAAUCAGUUUUGUGGAGAGGCAGACAAAAAACCCUCUUGUGAGGAGCAGCCAUCUUACUAGCUCCAAACCCUGCUCUGGUGGGAGACGUCAGGGAAUAGCUUUGGUGCUUUCUGCAUGUAACACAUUGCUCUUGGGUGGAUGCCAUUUUUAAUCAAUAUGGCAGAUCAAAAAGUGACUUUGGUGUGACUUUCGCAAAAAAUCUUUUGCAUUGGUUCAGCUGCCUCUCAAUAUUUUGUCACUGCACUUCGCAUGGGGGUUCCUAAGGUGGAGGGGCAUACUUUGUGGCCAUUCAGACACUGGGUGCCAUUUUGAAUCAAGAUGGCAGACCCAAAUGUCACUUUGACAGUUUGUCUUGCCAUUCCAUUUUGGUUGGCACAAUUUCUUUUUUCCAGUUUUUAGCAAUUAGGAUCCUUGCUGGAAAAAAGAAAUUGUGCCAACAAAAAAGGAAUGGCAAGACAAACUGUUAAAGUAUAUUGAACUGGCUAGAUUAACAGAGGCAGUCAGAGAUCAUACUAGACAAGAAUUUCAAAAAGCAUGGGGAAAAUGCAGAGAAUACUUCACAAAACAGUGCCCUAAAAUUCAUACCUGGACUUGUUUCGAUUAAUGUCUGCAGGAGACUUUGUGGAUAUUUACGUUAUAAUUAGAAAAAUCUUAAUAAUUAUUCAUAAAGGAAACAGCUUAUAAGAAGUAAAUAAGGAUUCCAGAAACAGGAUAAAGGAACUCUUUUAUUUGGUUGUUUGUAUUGUUGUAUAUUAUGCUUGUUGUUUGUUAUGUUUGUGUCUGAUGGGGGUGGAUUUCUGUGUUGGGGGUGGGGAUUGUGUUAUGUUGUAAAUAAAAUUUCCAAUUAAAAUUUAUUUAAAACAACAACGAAAAACGUCACUUUGACAUGACACCGCUUUUUUGACAUAGCUUUGGCCCCCUCUCAAUAUAUCAUUGCCCUAUUUGACAAGAGGAAUCCUUAUUGGGGAUAGGGGCAGUCUACAUGGAUACAUGGGUGUUGGGGUACAUUUUGAAUCAAGAUGGCAGAGCCAAUAGUAGUCCAUUUUCUUUGGCCUUCCUUAGCGCUGACUGACUCAAAGGCAAACUGUCAAGAGUUCCAAGUGCAAGAAUGGAGCAGAGCACUUAGACAGCACCUAACAUUUUCAGUGUUAUGAAUGAGAUCUCCUCUUCCCCUCUCGCCAUUUGUCUGUUUAAUGUUUUCUUUCUUUCCUAGGCGUUUGUUGAAACCAUCAGGCUCCGGGACGAAGAGUUGUUGAAAGCUCAAACGAAAGAAAAUGGCGACAUCUUCAUGUGGUUGAAGCACGAAGCGACAAGAGGAAACGCAGCUGCGCAGGUGGAGUUUUUGCUAGUAGACCUGAAAAAUCGUCCUUUCUCUAGAAACUGAACUGAAGGGCAACUUCUUCUCACUUGGUUAAAAUCAAGCUUGCGGCAUGCAAAGCCGAGUGCUCAACCCACAACAGCUGGCAGGGAUGCAUGGUUCCACGCUGUAUGCCAAACCGCACUGAAGGGGAUUCAGAUAUACACAGUUCCCAUCACUGCGGGUGGCGCUGUGAGUAAAACCUCAGCGCCUAGGACUUGCCGAUCGCAUGGUCGGCAGUUCGAAUCCCCGCGGCGGGGUGAGCUCCCGUCGUUCGGUCCCAGCUCCUGCCCACCUAGCAGUUCGAAAGCACCCUUAAGUGCAAGUCGAUAAAUAGGUACCGCUUUAUAGCGGGAAGGUAAACGGCAUUUCCAUGUGCUGCGCUGGUGCUGGCUCGCCAGAGCAGCUUCGUCACGCUGGCCACGUGACCCGGAAGUGUCUGCAGACAGCGCUGGCUCCCGGCCUCUUGAGCGAGAUGAGCGCACUACCCUAGAGUCGGACACGACUGGCCCGUAUGGGCAGGGGUACCUUUACCUUUACCACCACUGCAAGAUACAGAGGUGCCUCGCAAGAUGAAAUUAAUCCGUUCCGCGAGUCUCUUCGUCUUGCGAUUUUUUCAUCUUACGAAGCACGGCUAUUAGCGGCUUAGCGGCUAUUAACGGCUUAGCGGCUUAGCGGCUUUAAGAAAAAGGAAACAAACUCACAAGAACUCGCAAGACGUUUCGUCUUGCAAAGCAAGCCCAUAGGGAAAUUCGUCUUGCGGAACGACUCAAAAAACGGAAAACUCUUUCGUCUUGUGCGUUUUUCGUCUUAUGAGGCAUUCGUCUUGCGAGUUACCACUGUAAUGUGAUGAGCCUGUCAAAACAGCCCACCACAGAGCCAGUGUGGUGUAGUGGUUAAGAGCGGUAGACUCGUAAUCUGGUGAACCGGGUUCACGUCUCCGCUCCUCCACAUGCAGCUGCUGGGUGACCUUGAGCCAGUCACACUUCUUUGAAGUCUCUCAGCCCCACUCACCUCACAGAGUGUUUGUUGUGGGGGAGGAAGGGAAAGGAGAUUGUUAGCCGCUUUGAGAUUCCUUCGGGUAGUGAUAAAGCGGGAUAUCAAAUCCAAACUCCUCCUCCUCUUCUUCUUCUUCUUCUGCUUCUUCUUCUUCUUCUUCUUCUCCUCCUCCUCCUCCUCCUCCUCCUCCUCCUCCUCCUCUCCUCAUUUGUCUGCUUAGCUAUAUUUUUUAGAUUACCAUAUUUUUCACUCCAUAAGACACACCUGACCAUAAGACGCACCUAGUUUUUAGAGGAGGAAAACAAGGGGAAAAAAUUCUGAAUGAAACAGUGGAUGUAUCAUUUUUGUGGUUCAUGGUGUGGCCACAGACAUGUGAUUUGAUGGUGAGUUUGGGGUAGCCCAAUGCAAAAAUCCUGAGAAUCCAUGUGGACCCGUCCUUUGUAACCACGUUUUUGCGCCAUUGCGGCCCCAGGCAACAAUGGGUGCGUGAUUUUUUUGGUGCAGGCUGUAGCCAUAGACAUGCUAUGUGAUCUGAUGGUAAACUUGGGGUGACCCAAUACAAAAAUCCUGAGGAUCCAUGUGCUUUAAAGGAGCCAACCGGACAGGAGCCGCUUACAGCCGUGUAUACAGCUCCUCUCCCGCUUUGCUACUUCAAAGCGAGCCACGGAGGAGGGAAGGAAGGGGAACUAUGGAUCCUCUGCUGCCGACUGCAGCAGGACCCUCCUGUCAUCCAUAGGCAUUCGCUCCAUAAAACAGACAUUUCCCCUUACCUUUUAGGAGGAAAAAAGUGUGUCUUAUGGAGCAAAAAUACAGCAUUUUAUUUUAUUUUUUAAUGUAUCUGUUUAUUUGGUUUUACAUGUUAAAAUUUACACCCAUACCACAACACCUUCCACAAAUACAAGACUCCCACAAAUCCCUGGACUUCCCUCCUCCCCUCCGUGGGUCCUGUUUUAAAACGUUUUCUGCUACAUCUUUUAUAGUAAUCCAAAUUAUUAUGUUUCCAUUACAUCUAUAGUUCUUGUUACAUCACAAGUGUUAUUGCAAUCCCACUUAAAACAGGUUUUAACUGUUUACAAUGGUCUCCAAGAUAAGUUAUAAAUUUUGCCCAUUCCUUAUUAAAGAUUUGAUCUUCCUGAUUUCUGAUUUUCCCAGUCAUUUUUGCCAUGUCAGCAUAGUCCAUCAACUUGAUCUGCCAUUCUUGUCUGGUAGGGAAUUUUUAGAUUACUUUAAGCACCACCCUUGGACUUACGAAAACUGGCAUAGAUUCGCAAAAUUCUGAAAUGGAUCUUGACAAGUACACACCUGAGAUUUACGAACAUCUUUCCUUUUGUUUCAGCAACGUUUAGGACAGAUGCUUUUCUGGGGCCAGCAAGGAGUGGGGAAAAACACCAAAGCAGCUGUCGAGUGGUAUGCAAAGGGAGCCUUGGAGACAGGAGACCUUGUAUCUCUCUAUGAUUAUUCCAUCGUGUUAUUCAAGGUAAAAUAGAGAAACUGCUGCUUUUGUUACAGAACGUGACAGCAUUUCAGAGAAGCAUUCUUUGCAAACCUUACAUAAUCAAAAUAAACAUUCCAGUGUGAAAUGAGUGAUUUCCACCACUGAAAUAUGCUCGGAGUCGAGAGUGGAUUUCAUACUCUUUAUUCAGCUCAUAGCGGUGAGGAGGAAUGGAAGUUCCCCCAGAAUAUCUGCUUUAUAUACAUUAUUUACACAAUGGGCCCCACGUGAUUGGCUAAUUCCGGGAUUCUCCCGUAAGCCAAUCAGGUUGCCGAUUCACUUCCACCUGGAGCUGGAUUGGGUGGAUCCUGCAGACCAAUCAUACUGCUGCAUUGUUCUAGGACCAAUCAGACUGCUGCAUUCUGGGUCCUGUUGUUCUAGGACCAAUCAGACUGCUGCAUUUUGGAUCCUAUUCAACUGAGUACAUAACAACCACCAAGUCAGCAAUCCAGCCGAACCCCUUGAUUUAUUUCUUCAGCUCAUAAAUACCAAGUAGCCUUCCCCUGGUACCCACCCACUUCCACCACAAGGUGGUCCUGUCUGCCCCCAUCCCCUUGAAAAGUGCAUAGAGCUGGGAUGCGGGUGGCUCUGUAGUCUAAACCACUGAGCCUCUUGGGCUUGCCAAUCAGACGGUUGGUCGUUCGAAUCCCCAUGACGGGGUGAGCUUCCGUUGCUCGGUCCCUCUCCUGCCAACCUAGCAGUUCGAAAGCAUGUCAAAGUGCAAGUAGAUAAAUAGGUACCACUGCGGCGGAAAGGUAAACGGUGUUUCCGUGCACUCUGGCACCCCUCACGGUGUCCCGUUGCACCAGAAGCAGUUUAGUCCUGCUGGCCACAUGACCCGGAAAGCUGUCUGUGGACAAACGGCGGCUCCCUCAGCCUGAAAGCGAGAUGAGUGCCGCAAACCCAUACAGUGGUACCUCGGGUUACAUACGCUUCAGGUUACAGACUCCGCUAACCCAGAAAUAGUGCUUCAGGUUAAGAACUUUGCUUCAGGAUAAGAACAGAAAUCGUGCUCCGGCGGUGCGGCAGCAGCAGGAGGCCCCAUUAGCUAAAGUGGUGCUUCAGGUUAAGAAUAGUUUCAGGUUAAGAACGGACCUCUGGAACGAAUUAAGUACUUAACCCAAGGUACCACUGUAGUUGCCUUUGACUGGACGCAACCGUCCAGGGGUCCUUUGCCUUUUGCAUAGAGCUGGAGGAGGAAGCGAAAAGAGCAAUGCUGGAAAUGGUCAUUUCAGGAACAAUCUCUGCCCUUCUUAUUCUGCAACUUCUCUGCAGUCUCCGUUAUCAAGCCUUUCACGGCUUUGCCAUCAAAUGUCCUGACUUCUUCCUUAGCCAGUUUCCUGAUUUAUUUAAACAAUCCUUUUAUUGCUGGCUUUAAUCCCCCCCUUUUUUUUUGCAUCUUGUAUUGGGUGCAUUUUUGCUUUCCCUGUUUGGCCAAACUUCCAUUUAACAGAACUUGCCUCUGUGUGGAAUUACCCAUUGGUACACAUUAAUAUCCAGGGUCCUUUACCUUUAACCUUUACCUUUUACACAUUAAUAUUAAUGUGGGAUGAGGAGGUUGCAUUUUCGUGUGGAGGUCCCCAAGUCACCCCUCAAAAUAAUUCACAACUCACACAUACUUUUUGUUUAAGGUUUUUGGCAUAAUUUUGGCCACAACUUUAUUAAAAUACAUAAUCUGUGAGUGGUUGCUUAGGCAUUGGUUAUGACUAUCUGUCCUCCCGCCCGGGACAGUACUGACUAUCCGAACUCCCUCGGAAGCCAGUGAAGGGAAAACAAUGCUGGGGAUCAGUUGAGCUGAGCAACAGUCCCUCACCGCUCACCCAACCAGCUCCCCAAGGCUUGCCGGCCCUGGUCCCAUUUCAGGGACUGGACGAAAUCGUGGCAAGCCCCAGGAUUCCUUUAACGGAAUUCCCUUCCACACCAUCAUUGGUGUUUUUAUAACCAAUGCCUAACCGCAACCUUACAAGUUGUGACGAAUUGCUAAGUAGUAGGCAAAAACCAAAUGGCCCCAGACAAUCAGCCAAAUGGACAAAAUUCCUACAAGGCCCCUGCCCCAACGGCAGAUGAUCCCAUGACAGGCAUAGCAAGGUCAACCGGAACACAGGGCGGGCGGGCAGGUGAUCUGUUGCACUCAGCGAAAGAGAAAGCAAAAGCAGAGUGCCCCAAUAUUUAAAGCCCUUGGUCCCACCCACAACAUUGUAACAUGCAAUUUGCCCCAGCAACCCGGCCAUCCAAUCGUUGUCCCAGGCCAGCACAAUUUUACCCGCCUGGCAACAGAAGGUUGGCUUGGCAGACCCCACCGCAACACGUGCUCUCAUUUCAGGGAGAACACACUUUGUCAAUUGGAUACGAGGUUUUUGACGUUUCAUGAGCAUAAAAGAUAUAUGGGUGCCUUGAGGAGGAAAAAAAAUCCAUUUUUUUUGCUAGGACACCAAUUAAUCAUGGGAGAAUCCUGCACAUUUGAAAGUUACAUCUGCAUUUUUGUCCCUUUAAGCUAAUGUGACUUUUCAGUGAGCGGGAAUAGGAAAGGCUUUGUAUAAUCCUGAUUUUUGUAUUGCUUUAGGGCCAAGGUGUGAAAAAGAACAGAACACUUGCUUUACAUCUGAUGAAGAAAGCUGCAUCCAAGGUAACUUCUACAAAAAACAGCUUCUGUAGGGGAAUUUGAGCUGUCCAGCACUGUCUCUUGCCUGAUGGAGCGUCCCCUUGCUGCAACACAGCGACAUGCCGUAAUAUAUCUGCUAAUUUUUAAGGUCCCAUGAGAUUGUUGUUUUUUGCUGCAGGAGUCUAAGGCUUUGUAUACCUUUAAAGCACAUCCAAAGCACAUUUUUUCCUCUCAGAGAAUUCUGGGUACUGUAUCUUGUUGAGCGCUGCUGAAAAUAGUAACCCUGUGAGGGGAAAACUGUUAUGUACUGAAGUUCUCAUCCUGGGCCAGCAGGGGGAUACUGUAGAUAGUUUUUACUCAGGUCCUCAUAUGCAAAUAAGGGAUCGAAAGUGACGUUCAGUGAUUGGAUAGUUACAGAAAGUUGUUACAGUUGCGUUGUACUGGAGCUCUAUAUAAGCAGGCUGGCUGAACCCUUCAGUUCAGUUCUGUUCUGGCCUGCGAAUAAACAAGAGCUGUUUGAAGAAUCGCUGUGUCGUCUGAUAUGUUCACCCACAACUUAACACAAACUGCAGUGCCUAGACUUCUUUGAGAGAAAUAAUGUCCUUCGAAUAUGCUUUGAAUGUGCUUAAGUGUGUACACAGCUUAAGGCAGCGACUUCUCCAGAAACUGCCAGGUACAGAUGCAAUCCUUGAAAGUCUAAUGUACCUUAAGUUGCAUUUAGGUCCCCGCAAAUCCUGUGGUUGGUUUGUUUUUUAUUUUGUUUGAUUGUUUGUUAUUUGUUUAUUUUUUAAUUUACAUUUUUCAGGUUUAUACAUUUCACUGAUUUUACAAUCAUUUUGACAUUUCAAAACUUGACCUCCUUCCCCCUCUUUCUGCGGUUCCUUAAAUUUAUUUUCUAAUAUCUUCUGCAUAUCCAAAUGAACGCAAUUUGCUCAUUUAUUCAUCUACUUUAAAUAUAUACGCUUAUGAAACUGCAGGUUAUUACAACGAUCCUGUCAGUGUUCUUAUCUGUUUACAAUUUCUCUGUAAAAAAUCAGUAGACCAUUUCCAUUCUUUUAUAAAAAGUUUGUUAUCUUGAUUUCUUAUUCUGCCGAUAAGUUUUGCCAUUUCUGUGUAUUCCGUAAGUUUUUGCAUCCGCUCUUCCUUUGCUGGGACUUCUGCUUCUUUCCAUUUGGUGGCAAGUACCAAUAACAUUCUUGCCGCUGUAGUAGCAUACAUAAAUAAGUUUCUAUACAGUUUAGGUAGUUCUACCCCUAUAAUUCCCAAAAGAAAAGCUUCUGGGUUUUUUACAAACGUUAUUUUAAACAUCAUCUUCAUUUCAUUGUAUAUCAUUUCCCAGUAAGCUUUAACCUUACUACAAGACCACCACAUAUGAUAAAAAUAACCUUCUUUCUCUUUACAUUUCCAACAGUUAUUUGAUUUAGAUUUAUAAUUUUUUGCCAAUUUGCUCAGUGUUGGAUAAUAUCGAUAUAUCAUUUUCAUAUAAUUCUCUAUUAUAGUGCUGUAAAUUUUAUAACCAUAUUCCACAAUCGUUCCCAUGCUUCCGUGUCUAUAUUAUGUUUGUUUGUUUUUUAAAGCUGUUUAACUUCCUGCUUUUAUAGAUAGACAAGACUGACCAUAAGCAUAUCUUUAUUAUCAUCCUGAUUCCUAAAAUAUGUUAAUCAGGCAUCUCCCUCCAUGCUAGAAACAGCCACAUGAGACAAAAAGUUGCUCUUGCAUCCUUGUUUGCUGAAAUAUACUCGGAGUCGAGAGUGGAUUUCAUGCUCUUUAUUCAGCUCAUAGCGGUGAAGAGGAAUGGAAAUUCCCCCAAAGUAUCUGCUUUAUAUACAUUAUUUACACAAUGGGCUGCACGUGAUUGGCUAAUUCCGGAAUUCUCCUGUAGGCCAAUCAAGUUGUGGAUUCACUUCCAUCUGGAGCUGGAUUGGGUGGCUCCUGCAGACCAGUCAGACUGCUGCAUUCUGAAUCCUAUUGUUCUAGGACCAAUCAGACUGCUGCAUUUUGGAUCCUAUUGUUCUAGGACCAAUCAGACUGCUGCAUUUUGGAUCCUAUUCAACUCAGUACAUAACAUUUGCCAUACCCUGCUGCCCUGUGUAAGAUAUCUCUACAUACAGAAAGCUAUUUAUUUUUUUUGUGGGGGGAAGUUUUGAUGUGAGGGAGUAUUCAUGUGACUCACCUGUAACAGAAACAGGGCGUGAGGGGUGCUAAAAAGUUACAAUAUGACUUGGGAAUUCCAAAGAUAUUUUGGUUAAUUUAGUUUUCCUUGUUAAGUAAUAUGUGCGCAGAAUGGCAUACAAAUCAUUAACAGUGAUUGCCAAGUUCUUGUGGUUACGUUAUGUAUUAAUAUUGACAAUGGUGGCGAUGCAUUACCUGACAUUUUCAGAAGGAAAAGAAUUUAAAUUCUUUGGUUUUUCCAAAAGCAGUUUAUGCACCUUUUCAUCAAACAUAGUCUUGCCAAGCUAAAUGUUGCCCAGUCACAAAAAUGAUAGCAGAUUUGAAUUCCUCACACCCCAAAAACAUAUAUUUUUAAGGCCCGUCACUGAAUAAAUUUGCAAAAAUUACAUUUCACCCCUUAAAACAAUACACUCUGAUUGCAUCAUGUCCUCUUUCCGGAGGUUUGAUUUGAUUGCUUGACAAUUGGCUGGGAAUAAUAAUAAUAAUAAUAAUAAUAAUAAUAAUAAUAAUAAUUGUUAUGUACUGAAGUUCUCACCCUGGGCCAGCAGGGGGAUACUGUAGAUAGUUCAGGUCCACAUAUGCAAAUAAGGGAUUGAAAGUGAUGUUCAGUGAUUGGAUAGUUACAGAAAAUGGUUACUGUUGAGUUCUAGUGGAGCUCUGUAUAAGCAGGCUGCCUGAACCCUUCAGUUCAGUUCUGUUCUGGCCUGUGAAUAAACAAGAGCUGUUUGAAGAAUCGCUGUGUCAUCUGAUAUGUUCACCCACAACUUAACAAUAAUAAGAAUAAUAAUUUAUUAUUUAUGCUCUGCCCCUCUGGCUGGGUUUCCCCAGCCACUCUGGGCAUCUUCCAACAAAAUGUGGGAGAUGUCCCCAGGGGUUUUAUCUGAGAGCAGCCUGGACUUAGCCCCAUGUCUUUCCAUAAGGUGUUGGGUCCUUAAACAAAAGAAAUCAGGGACUGAAACACUCUCAGCCUGAAAGAUCUUAAGAUUUCCCCUUUUGCUCCCUUCCUGCCUGCAGGGACUGCCUCAAGCACUGAAUGGCCUCGGUUGGUAUUAUCAUAACUUCAAAAGAGACUAUGAGAAGGCAGCCGGAUACUGGUUAAAAGCUGAAGCUAUGGGCAAUCCUGAUUCAUCCUUCAACCUCGGCGUCUUAUAUUUAGAUGGAGUGUAUCCAGGAAUAACUGGGAGAAACAAAGUGAGUGUAAAUAGUUUGUUUAUUUACCUUCUGGUGAUAUUGCAGCACGGAUAAGUAUUAAACAACAUUUUUCUCUUUGGAUUCUCAAAAUUUUAAUAGAGAGGCGGCCAUUUCAAAUGGCAGUCAGUACACAAAUGGUAGCUAAUAACUUCUGUUUCAAUUUUUUUUAAAACUUGCAUUUUUCCUUAUGCAUACAUUGUUGACAUUAUAGAAAGAUGAAACAAGCAAAAGUUUUAUUUUUCUACUGCUUUUCCCCCACUUUGCAGACUGUUGCUGCUGACUAUUUCUUGAAAGCGGCAGAAAGUGGUCACAUGGAAGGCACAUUACGGUGUUCACAGUAUUAUAUUACAGGAAACUUAGCGAGCUUCCCCAGGGAUCCUGAAAAAGCAGUAAUGUAAGUAGUGCUAAGAAAUGCAUUGAGAACAAAAAAAUAAAAUAAAAAUCAAAUUUCUUAAACCAGGAAUCAUUGUGACUGCAAAAAAGAAAAAGAAAAAAGAAAAAUGGUUGCAUGUUAAAAUCACCAAAACUGCCUAGAAAUAAAUUCACACAUGACUCAAAUUUUAGUUUGAGUUUGGCAUAAUUUUGGCCACAACUUUAUUGAUUACAGGCUGUGAUUGGUUUGCUUAGGCAUUGGUUCAGACUGUCUGAACCUGUGCCAGACUAUCCAGGACAGGAACAGAACUGACAACUGCCAGUUGCAGAGAUUAGUCAAGGUAAGCACCCCGGGAGAUCGAUUGGGAUGGGUGCAGAUCCCUAAGAUCACACUCAGAAUGCUCCCGGGGGCUCUUGCGCGGCCCUAUCCCCCUUUCAGGGGUCAGACAAAUUCAUGAUGAGCCCCUGGAUUCCUUUAACGGAAUACCUACGCAGCAACCAUCGGAGGGACAAGUCACAGCCACGUCUCGUCCCCUCCAUACACAUUAACCAAUGCCUAACCGCAAACCUUGGGUGGUGCUGUGGGUUAAACCACAGAGCCUAGGACUUGCCGAUCAGAAGGUCGGCAGUUCGAAUCCCCACGAUGGGGUGAGCUCCCGUUGUUCGGUCCCAGCUCCUGCCAACCUAGCAGUUCGAAAGCAUGUCAAAGUGCAAGUAGAUAAAUAGGUACCGCUCCGGCGGGAAGGUAAACGGCGUUUUCCGUGCACUGCUCUGGUUCGCCAGAAGCAGCUUAGUCAUGCUGGCCACAUGACCCAGAAGCUGUACGCCGGCUUCCUUGGCCAGUAAAGCGAGAUGAGCGCCGCAACCCCAGAGUCGGCCAUGACUGGACCUAAUGGUCAGGGGUCCCUUUACCUUUACCUAGGCAAAAGCCAAGUGGCACCAGCCAAUCAGCCAAGUGAGAAAAAUUCCUACCGGGCCCUUGCCCUAAAAGCAGAUGACCCACAAUGGUAUAGCAAGGUCAACAUGAACCCUAAAUAUAGGGAGAGGAUGAGAUGGUUGGACAGUGUUGUCGAAGCUACGAACAUGAGUUCGAACAAACUGCGAGAGGCUGUGGAAGACAGGAGUGCCUGGCGUGCUCUGGCCCAUGGGGUCACGAAGAGUCAGACACGACUAAAGGACUAAACAACAACAACAAAUAUAGGGAGGGUGGGUGGGUGAUCCGGUGGGCGAAACAGAGGAAUCUCAACGCAACGUGCAGCAGUAUAUAUCUGUCCCUCGGAAGCAAUUUCUGCAACCCCAUUGGCCGGAACAAGUCCCAUGCUUCCGAGGGACCAAUCGAGUAUCUGUGGCAAAGCGGGUUCUCCUUCAUGGAGAGCGUGUGUUACGGUGGGGCCAACCAUGACAUCCCCCUGUUGCUGGGCGGGUUAGUUUGGAUGGCCACGAAUUUGGGCACCUCCAAUUGUUGCUGGGAAGAAUUUAUUGUUGCAAUUUUAUUUGAUUGAUGGGCUGCUAUAUAUUCCCUAUGCGCAGCGUUGAGCUUCCUCUUUUCUCUGCGCAUAUCGGAUUACCUGCCCACCCUCCCUUUAUUUAGGGCUUGUUUGCGCUGACCUUGCUACGCCUGUCAUGGGGUCGUCUGUUAUUGGGGCAGGGGCCUGUUGGAAUUUUACCAUUAGGCUGAUCGGCUGGUGCCAUUUGGUUUUUGCCUACUGUGUAGCAAAUCGUCACAACUUGUAAGGUUGCAGUUAAAAGGUAAAGGUAAAAGGACCCCUGACCAUUAGGUCCAGUCGUGACCAACUCUGGGGUUGUGGCACUCAUCUCGCUUUAUUAGCCGAGGGAGCCAGUGUACAGCUUCCAGGUCAUGUGGCCAGCAUGACUAAGCCGCUUCUGGCGAACCAGAGCAGCGCAUGGAAACGCCGUUUACCUUCCCACCGGAGGGGUACCUAUUUAUCUACCUGCACUUUGAUGUGCUUUCGAACUGCUAGGUUGGCAGGAGCAGGGACCAAGCAACGGGAGCUCACCCCGUCGUGGGGAUUCGAACUGCCGACCUUCUGAUCGGCAUGUCCUAGGCUCUGUGGUUUAACCCACAGCGCCACCAGCGUCCCAUAAGGUUGCAGUUAGGCACUGGUUAAUUUUGUUUGGUGUAGGGGAUGUGGUUGGCUGUGCCUGCCCCUCCAAUGCUGCUGCUGGAAGGGUAUUUCGUUAAAGGAAUCCAGGACUCGCCAUGCACUUGUCCGAAACCCUGGCAAGGGGCUAGGGCCAUGCAAGAGCCCCUGGGAGCGUUUGGGGAGAGGUGAGAGCCUGACGCCCAGCUCUAUUCUCUCCUCAAAAAUGUUUACCCUUACUGACUUCCACAGGCUUGCGGUUGUCAGUUUUGUUCCUACCUCUAAGUGGAAACAGAUAGUCGCUAACCAAUGCCUAAGCAACCACUCACAUACUGUAAUCUAUAAAGCUGUGGCCAAAAUUAUGCCAAAAACCAAAACAAUUUUGUGUGUGUGAUCUUUGUCUUUAUUUGAGGGUGUGCUGGGGGUCCUCAACACGCAAUCCAAACUUACCCACCCCAGCAACAGAGAGUCUGUUGUGGUGACCUCACCGCAACACGUGCUCUCUGGGAGGAGAACCCGAUUUUCAGUGACCUUGACGUUCCAAACCUAUACUUGUUUUCUUCUUUCUUUUUCAUACCCUGUUCACUGUGUCACUUUUUGGGCUGAGAGGAUUUGCAUUUCUGAAGCUUAAAUUUCACAUUUCAUGGAGGGAGGGAGCCCUGAGUCUUACAUUGGCAGUGAAGCAAACGCCCUCCUUCCUUUCUCUUCUCCUCCAAGAAGGUCCCCAUCUCAUCCUAAUCUGGAAGUACUUAAUGGAGUUGAGGGCUAUUCUCAUACUUCUUCACAAUGUGAGGACUGCUGGCAGGUGUCCGCCAUUGCAGAGACGGGCAAGAAAGCAAGGGGCUAGAACAACGUGAGAAACAGCAUGUUGGGAAGCAGGAGAUUCUCCUAGAGUUCAUUGAUUUGGGUUGAGGUGUGUGCAGGCGUUUGCCUGCCACAAAGUUGGCUGCAGACUUCGAAUGCUAAUGUUUCUGUUCUUAUUUUCAGCUGGGCAAAAUAUGUGGCAGAAAAGAACGGCUAUUUAGGCCACGUCAUUCAAAAAGCUCUCAACGCUUAUCUGGAAUUGUCUUGGUAGGUCUGGUGCUUCUUUUCUGUAUGUAUAAAUAAUAAAUUUAUUAUUAUUAUUAUUAUUACAGUGGUACCUCAGGUUAAGUACUUAAUUCGUUCCUGAGGUCCAUACUUAACCUGAAACUGUUCUUAACCUGAAGCACCACUUUAGCUAAUGGGGCCUCCUGCUGCUGCUGCGCCGCCAGAGCACGAUUUCUGUUCUCAUCCUGAGGCAAAGUUCUUAACUUGAGGUAAUAUUUCUGGGUUAGCGGAGUAUGUAACCAGAAGCGUAUAUAAUCUGAAGCGUAUGUUACCCGAUGUACCACUGUAUAUGCAAGAGGUAUGUUAACUGAGAAAGCAAAAUAACACAAUGACUACAAAAGAUAAAUUAAAUUCAGAAUGGGAAUUCUAUAUUUCUAUGCUGUGAAAUGGCCACCUAAUAGUAGUUAAAUUAGAACAAUUGACUGAUUUAUCCUUUUCCUAACACUGUGUUCCCAACAGAUGCAACUGCACAAAGGCCAAAUCAUUAGCUCAAUACGAAAAACCCAGGGACAAACUAGAUGAGACAUUUGUGACCUAUUAUUAGAUCUCCAGUCUCUUAAGUUUUGGCAAAUAGCAGCCAUGGGUGGGGAGGGCAUAUGUAAGUUUCUUGUAAUGUGGCAAAUAGCCACUCUGCGUGAGUGACCUUUAUUUGGAAAACGGUGUUUGGUGGUGGUGGUGGGCUGUACUGCAGCCCCGAUUAGAAUCCAGGAGCAACUACCCUUGGGGGGGGGCAGUGCUAUUUGCUAAAAUUUAAAGAAAUCAGAUCUCCACCAUUCCCUCAAUUUUGCCCUCAGCAUGACCUAAAACAAUUCAGUGUUCAAAGCAGAAAAACCUAAUGAACCCUCCAUUAUAGCACAAAUAAAGGUAAAGGUAAAGGUAAAGGGACACGGGUGGCGCUGUGGUUUAACCACAGAGCCUAGGACUUGCUGAUCAGAAGGUCGGCGGUUCGAAUCCCCGCAACGGGGUGAGGUCCCGUUGCUCGGUCCCUGCUCCUGCCAACCUAGCAGUUCGAAAGCACAAAGUGCAAAUAGAAAAAUAGGUACUGCUCCGGUGGGAAGGUAAACGGCGUUUCCGUGUGCUGCUCUGGUUUGCCAGAAGCGGCUUAGUCAUGCUGGCCACAUGACCCGGAAGCUGUACGCCGGCUCCCUCGGCCAAUAAAGAGAGACAAGCGCCGCAACCCCAGAGUCAGUCACGACUGGACCUAAUGGUCAGGGGUCCCUUUACCUUUAGCUAAAGGUAAAGUACCCCUGGAAGAUUAAGUCAAGUAAAAGGUGAUUAUGGGGUUGCGGCACUUAUCUUGCUUUCAGGCCGGCGUUUGUCCACAGACAGCUUUCCAGGUCAUGUGGCUAGCAUGACCAAGCCAUUUCUAGUGCAACAGAACACCAUGAUGGAAACCAGAGCGCAUGGAAACUCUGUUUACCUUCCUGCCCCAGUGGUACCUAUUUAUCUACUUGCACUGGUGUGCUUUCAAACUGCUAGGUUGGCAGGAGCUGGGAUAGAGCAAUAGGAGCUCACCCCGUCGUGGGGAUUCAAACUGCCGACCUUCUAAUCGGCAAGCCCAAGAGGCUCAGUGGUUUAGACCACAGCACCACCCUUACAGCACAAAUAUAAUAACAAUAAACACCAUCACAGACAACUUUCUGCCCUUUAAUGAUAGUCUGAAUUUAGUGUAUCUCAAUCCACAUGCAGAACUCCCAGAGCAUUUUCUGGCUACAGUUUGGUGAAACUCUACAUGCAAAGGAUCCAUGUGAAAGCUAGGAGGCAGAUUGCCAAAGUUUAAACCAGCUGCUAAUCCUUAUCCUUCACUUUUAAGUUUUGACCAGUAGAUGUAGCUGUUGAUUCGGAGUGCCAACCUUUCUUCCCCAAGCUCUGUGUAAAAGCCACAACCUAUUUCAGAUUGGAGGGAAGCACCAAUGGGAUCUUCUUUUCAAGAUCUAAUAGCAUCUCUGCAGGCAGGGAGAGUUUUCAUGACGUAGUCCUAACCAUGACCAUGGGCUGGGGUCAGGGUGGGAGCACAAGCAGCUGUUUACAGUUUGCUUUCUUCAGAUUAAUUCAGCUAAAAGUGAUGCAUUUUGCAUCAUGUGUCAUUUUUCCGAAACUCUUAGGGCCUAACUAGACAUACAGUGGUACCUCAGGUUAAAUACGCUUCAGGUUACACACUCCGCUAACCCAGAAAUAGUGCUUCAGGUUAAGAACUUUGCUUCAGGAUGAGAACAGAAAUCGGGCUCCGACGGCGCGGCGGCAGCAGGAGGCUCCAUUAGCUAAAGUUAAUGGAGGUUAAGAACAGUUUCAGGUUAAGAACGGACCUCCGGAAUGAAUUAAGUACUUAACCUGAGGUACCACUGUAAUAGGAGUGGACUCAUUUAUCUGAAUUGGAUAAUCCUCAAAUUUACAUGAAGCAGAGUAAGGUAGAGCUCUUCCCUGCUUUCAGCUUUUUCAGCAAGUUUUUUCUUUCUCAAUGGAACUCUGAAAUCAGAGGUAACCUCUACAGGGCAAAAUAUUAGGAUAGAAUCAGAGAACAAGGAUCAUCUAGUGGCAAUGCAGGAAUCUCAAUAUGCGUUCCCCAUCCAGUUUGAAACCAUACUGGACCCUGCUUAGCUUUGCAAAUUUGCUAUCCAUUUUACUGCUGCACCACUCAAAGGGGAGAAGAGAUUUUCUUAGAAGGGGUUUUUUUUUUUGGCAUGGGUAGGUUGGAUGUUCAACAGCUGCCACCUGCACAACACCGUUGCACUUCAAAAGCUCCCCACCUUGUAUUAGUUCUGCAUGAGCUGAAUGGAACUAUGCCAAUGUCAUCUCUAAUUUUGUCCUUAAUUUAAACCCGUUGUCUUCUCAGAACCCUUCCUUCUCUUUCAAGCAAGGCCUGUGUUCUGCAGAUGAUUCUGUGGAAUGUUUUAGGGUGUGUACUCUGACCUGUCCCAUCACUGUCUCUCUGCCUAACCUACCUCACAGGGAUGUUGUGAUGUGGAAAUGAAGAGCGAGUGUGGCUUCCUUGAGCUCCUCAGGCCUUAUUGUUAUCCUGUGUCAAUUGAGAAUGUGCCCUAAAACAGACUUAAGACUCUUUUGCUGUGGCACAUUCCAGGAGGAAUAUCAGUACUGCUGAACAAUCUGUCUCUAUUCUUCUUCCUCCACCUCUUCUUCUUCUUCUUCUUCUUCUUCUUCUUCUUCUUCUUCUUCUUCUUUGGCGAUCACUGAUAGCCAAGUAAGAUUGUCUUACAUAAACACGGUCUUAACAGUGAGUCCGUAAAUGAUUGUGGAGGCCAAUUCUGGAUCCACACAUCCUUCCACAGUGGGGACAUAGGUUUCCAGGUGGGAGAUGAUCAUGGUGAGGUUUGGCCAAGCAUGCCUUCCUCUUAGCAUGUUCCACCAUUUCGUCCUGAGUUCGAGCAUCUUCAAUGCCCAUGGCACCUUUGGUAAAUCGGGUCCUCCCUUAAAGAGGGCACAUAUUGUGGUGAGAUCUGGCAACCAAACCCUGUGUUGUGGGUGGGUUUGAUUGAAUAUCCACAACACCCAAUUGGUAGGUCCCUUGAUGCUGGGUUCAAUCAGGCCAAUGGGACACAAGCUAAAUGGAUCAAGGGACCUAUAUAUACAUAUGCACAUGACCCAGAGCUUCCUCUUUCGGUGCGUUCAUCGGAACACCCACCCACCUCUCCCUAUAUUUAGGGCUGUGCGCUUCACCUUGCUAUGCCGUCAUGUGUCGUCUGUCGUUGGGACAGGGGCAUGGCAGGAAUUUUCCCCACUUGGCUGAUUGGCUGGUGCCAUUUGGGUUUUGUCUGCUGCAUAGCAAAUCGUCACAACUUGUAAGGUUGCGGAUAGGCUCUGGUUCAGGUGAUAGGGAUGGGAGAACGCUCUCGCCAUCCCUAUGUGAAGGGUAUUCCAUUAAAGGAAUCCAGGGACUCAAUGGUUUGGUCAACCCUGUGAGGGGGUUGUGCCCAUGCCUGAGUCCAGGGGGGCAUCUGGGUGGUGGACAUAGCCUGUUCCCAGCUGUCUGCUUAUGCGGGUGUUCACCCUAGGCUGACCCAUGCUGGUGCCCUGGGUCAGCGCUACCUGCAUGACAGGGAGCUAGCUGAACCAGAGCCUAUGCAACCACUCACUUGCUGUAAUCAAUAAAGUUGUGGCCUAAAUUCUGCCAAAAACCAAGCCAAAAAUUUGAGUCUCGUCUGAAUUUAUUUAAGGGGGAUGUUUAAAGGUCUGAACAUGCAAAGGCUGUUCUCCAAUGGGAGCGCUCGCGGGCCAGUGUUUCCCAGUUAUCAGUGUUCUGCCGCUGUUUGAAGCCACUGUGCCAAACUAUUUCUGAUGUUUCCUUGUAUUCACCUUGCAUUUCUCUUUCUCACACCCCUUGGGUUUUAGGCAUGAAGCCCUGCUUUAUUACCUUCUGUCUGCAGAGACUGGAAUCGAGGUGUCACAGACAAACAUGGCACAUCUCUGCGAAGAGAGGCCAGUAAGUACCAUAUAUGUGAUUCCACACCCUCUUGUUGUUUUAAAUCCUUAAAUAUUUUCCUGGAAGCAUACUGAGUCAUUCUUUCUCUCCCACACCCUGUGUUCUAGAAUAUGACAGAAAGAUACAUGGAUGUUGACUGCAUUUGGAGAUAUUAUAAUUUCUCGGUUUCUCAGAAAAAUGCUCCCUCAUUUGGUACGUAUAACAACCCGUUACAGAUAAAGUUAUUUGUGUGCUUUUGAGUGUUGCAAAAUGACCUCCUUUUUUCUUUUUUUAAAUAAUUGGUUUUCAGAUAAAAGUUUUACAAUCAUAUAUCCAAUAUACAAGGGACGCGGGCGGCACUGUGGGUUAAACCAUAGAGCCUAGGACUUGCCAAUCAGAAGGCUGGCGGUUCGAAUCCCUGCGAUGGAGUGAGCUCCCGUUGCUCGGUCCCUGCUCCUGCCAACCUAGCAGUUCGAAAGCACGAAGUGCAAGUAGAUAGAUAGGUACCACUCUGGCGGGAAGGUAAACGGCGUUUCUGUGCGCUGCUCUGGUUCGCCAGAAGUGGCUUAGUCAUGCUGGCCACAUGACCUGGAAGCUGUACGCCGGCUCCCUCGGCCAAUAAAGCGAGAUGAGCGCCGCAACCCCAGAGUCAGCCACGACUGGACCUAAUGGUCAGGGGUCCCUUUACCUUUUAUCCAAUAUACAACAUAAAAACAAUAUUCCUGGACUUCUCUCCUCCCCUUUGUGGGUCCUAUUGUUAAUCAUUUCCUCCUGCAUCUUUUAUGAUAAUCCAGAUAUUUUACAUCUCCAUUGUGUCCAAAGUUCACAAUUAAACUGCGUGUGUUAUUCCCAUCCUACUAAUGAUUUUAACUGUUUGCAAUUGGUUUUUAAGAUAAAUUAUAACUUUACCCCAAUCCUUAUUCAAAUACUGGCCUUCCUGAUUUCUGAUUCCUUCGGUCAUUUUUGCCAAUUCGGCAUAAUCCACCAACUUAAUUUGCCAUUCUGUUCUGGUAAGGACUUUAUCUUCUUUCCAUCUCUGGGCGCAAAAUGACCACCUUUUGGCUUGUUUGCAAUCAAUCAAAGAUCAUUGCAAAAGAUCAUUGAUCAGGACCACUGGAAUUUGUCAUAGCCUGAGCUGCGAAGGAGGGAAUCACCUACGCAGUCUUUAAUGCAGCUGCUUCUUUCCACAGCUUAUCUGAAGGUGGGAGAUUUCUACUACUAUGGAUAUCGGAAUCAAUCCAGAAACUUGGAUAUCUCAGUACAGAUGUAUGCACAAGCUGCCUUGUAUGGAGACGCACAGGUAGGUUCUUGCUGGUUGGGGAAUGAAAGGGCUGAUCAUCAGAAAACCUGAGGCCUUUUCUGAAGGCUCUUGAGAUCUGCAGUGUCCCACAAACCCCUGUCACGUUCAGGGCCGUCUUUAGCAUUUGCGCGUGGAGGUCCCCAAGACACUCCCCAAAGAAAAACACAAUUGACACUUAAUUUUUGUUUAAGGUUUUUGGCAUAAUUUUGGCCACAACUUUAUUCAAAUUACAGCAAUGUGAGUGGUUGCUUAGGCAUUGGUAGCACUAACUGACCCCGCACGGGGACAGCUCUGACAUUCGCACCCCCCGCGAAGUCAGCAAGGGUAAGUCACCUGGGGAGAGAGACGGGACUGGGAACCAUGCCUCACCUCUCCCCAGAAUGCUCCCAGGGGCUCUUGCGUGGCCCUAGCCCCUUGCCAGGGGGUUUUGGACAAAAGCAUGGGGAGCCCCUGGGUUCCUUUAACGGAAAACCCUUGAAGCAGCAGCAGCAUUUUGGAGGGGCAGGCACAGCCAAAUCCAUACCCCUCCACCAACCAAUUCCCAAACCAAUGCCUAACCGCAACCUUACAAGUUGUGACGAUUUGCUACGCAGUAGGCAAAAACCAAGUGGCACACACUAAUCAGCCAAAUGGACAAAAUUCCUACCGGGCCCCUGCCCCAAAGCAGACGACCCCAUGACAGGCAUAGCAAGGUCAAGCAAACAGCCUAAAAUUAGGGAAGGGAGGGCGGGUGAUCCGAAGCACGCAGCGAAAAGAGGAAGUUCGUCGCUGCGAGCAUUGUAUUUAACAAAUAGGGCUGUCAAUCAACAAAUGGCAACAUCUAGAUUUCCCCAGUAACAGCCCGCCCCUGCUUAAAGGAUGGCCAAACCAUUUGCCUAGCAACAGUGAGGUGUCUCGUCAGCCCCGCCCGCAACCCGUGCUCUCCAUGAGGGAGAACACACUAUGCAGCGCCGGGGUGCAAAAAAAACGCCCAGUGCCCCCAAUUUGGGGGGUGGGGGAGACUAAAGCUGUUGAGCUUUCUUGCAGGUUGUAAUUUAUGAAUUGACGAGGGAGCUUCUUGCUCCAGGCCUGCAUUAUCUGUCUUGGUGAAUUCUUCACCAGCUUCUCUGGCUCCUUGUCCCCUUUAAAAGCAAAAACGCCCAAUGCCUUUUGCCACAGAGCCGUGAAGUGCUAUUUGUUUGACUGGAAAUGCCUUCGUUUUGCACGUUGCAGGGGUUCUUUAAUUUGGCUGUUCUCCUGGAAGAAGGCUAUUCCAUCCCUCAUCACAUUUUAGACCAUUUAGGAAUUGACAGGACCAUCAACUCCAGUAAUGCAAACGUGCUCCAGGAGCUUUAUGAAAGGUGAGACUCUUCUUGUCCAUCAUUGCCGUCCUUAAAACGUUAAGAGCAGGUUUUUAUUUAGCACGGUGUGAAAUGUGAAGCAACAGAAAUAAUAGCAAGAUGCCAUAAAAUUGGCAACAACGUUAAAAUGCCUAAGAUGGUGGUCUUCAAAAUGUAUUCUAGGGGACCCUGGGGUCUGUCAGAAGCAUACCAAGAGUUCCUCAAAGAGAAGAUCAGUAACGGCAAAUCCUUUCCUGGAAGACAACUCUCUGCCUUGCCACUAUUUUCUCCAUGCAGCGUGCAAGUUGCAGGAGAAGCUCUGAGCACCCUCAGAAUGGGCCCAUGCUCAUUGUGAACUGAUAGUGUUCCCUGAGCUCCAUGAAGUUCCUCUGGCAAGCAAAUCCUGGGGAAAAUAUUUUCCUGAAGGUAGAAAGCUUGAGACUCCCUGGUCUUUAGGAAUGGAAAAGUUAUCACAAGCCACCAAGAACAGCAAAACAGGAUGGCUUGUUGGGCCACAGUACUCUUCCAAAAGAAUGCUAGACCUCUUCAGGUGUUCUCCUGUGUCUGCUGGCCGUUCCUCCUUGACAUCUACACAUAACAACAACAACAACAACAACAACAACAUAUUAUUAUUAUUUAUUUAUUUUUUUAAAUAAUAUUUAUUAAGAUUUAAAAGAUUACAAAAAGAAAAAAUAGAAAACAGCAUAUUAAGCAAAAACAGAACAUCAUAUCAUGAUAAAGAAAAGAAGAAAAAAGGGGGGGGGAUACAAUGAAUCUUCCCAUAACUUAUCUUUCAUUUGCUUGUUUCCUUGACCUCCUCACACCUCCCUUUUUUGUAUUCUAGUUCAGUUAGCUAUUUCAGCAAGUCCUUUCCAUCUUUUCCAGUUUUUGUCCUCUAUUUUAUCUUAAUAUAAUGUAACUUUACUUUCCCUCCUUUCACCAUUUAACAAUCUGUUUUUUCUUAAUCCUUUAUAGCAUUUCUGCUAAAACCACAUUACUUCAUUCCAACAUCCUUCUAACAUUCCUUAAUUUUACAAUGUUUCUGUAAAUAAACUUUAAAUUUCUUCCAAUCUUCUUCCACCGACUCUUCUCCCUGGUCUCGGAUUCUGCCAGUCAUUUCCGCCAGUUCCAUGUAGUUCAUCAUAUUAUUAUUAUUAUUAUUUAAAUCCCGCCCAUCUGGGGGGCUCCCAACAGAAUAUUAAAAACACGACAAAACUUCACACAUUAAAAACUUCCCUAAAUAGGGUUGCCUUCAGAUGUCUUCUAAAAGGCAGAUAGUUGCUUAUUUCUUUGACAUCUGCUGAGAAGGCGUUCCACAGGGCGGGUGCCACUGCUGAGAAGGCCCUCUGCCUGGUUCCCUGUACCUCACUUCUCGCAGUGAGGGAACUGCCAGAAGGCCCUCGGCGCUGGACCUCAGUGUCCGGGCACAACGAUGGGGGUGGAGACACUCCUUCAGGUAUCCUCGGCCGAGGCCGUUUAGGACUUUAAAGGUCAGCACCAACAAUUUGAAUUGUGCUUGGAAACGUUCUGGGAGCCAAUGUAGGUCUUUCAGGACCGGUGUUAUAUGGUCUCAGCAGCCUCUCCCAGUCACCAGUCUAGCUGCCGCAUUCUGGAUUAGUUGUAGUUUCCAGGUCACCUUCAAAGGUAGCCCCACAGAGAGCGCAUUGCAGUAAUCCAAGCGGGAGAUAACCAGAGCAUGCACCACUCUGGCAAGACAGUCUGUGGGCAGGUGGGGUCUCAGCCUGUGUACCAGAUGGAGCUGGUAGGCAGCUGCCCUGGACACAGGAUUGACCUACGCCUCCAUGGACAGCUGUGAGUCCAAAAUGACUCCCAGGCUGCGCACCUGGUCCUUCAGGGGCACAGUUACCCCAUUCAGGACCAGGGAGUCCUCCACACUGAGAAGGCCUGAAGAGGAAAAACAUUCUCCUUCCUCCUGCUGGCCUUUGACUCAGAGUAUGGAUUUCGCCAUGUUCUAAAUCACGAGGAGUACCUACAUGCACAGAAAAAGGCUUCGCUCUUCAGAGUUUCCCUUCUAACACAUGAAUGACAGGUCUAGGGCCUGUGGACAUGGUCCCACUCUCUUCCACCUCAUGACUGUUAUUACCCAGGUGAGAAUGCCCGAAGGAGGCUCUGAAGCCACCACUGACUGAGAAGACCUCUUUCCAAAACAACACAAGAUCCAAAACUUCCCCACAAGCCUAGGCAGCAUGCUUGCUCAAAAUUUCGUGCCAAGAAGCUGAAUUUGACAUCAACAGAAGUAGCUUUAGGACUGCAAUCUUUAAGUUCUAGAUGGUUGAGAACCUUUUGAUUGUUCCUCAACUCUCAUCAGAGCUGCAGCCAUUUCCUCAAGCUACCUGAACAGCUGGUCAUAAUUUUAAUCACAGUAACUCAACUAAUAAAUGAGAACAUGUCAUAAGGUGGUGGUGGAAGACCAUAUGAUGGGCUCUUUGAUGUGGAAGGAAAGUCUGUGCCCUAUCACUGAUGGCCCCAGUUAAGACUCAAGCCUUCUAUCUGCCUGGCUUUACUCCUUCAUCUGCAUAGUCCUUGUCUGCUCUUGCGACAGGCUGCUGAGAUCAAUAAUAAUAAUAAUAAUAAUAAUAAUAAUAAUAAUAAUAAAUUUUAUUUAUAUCCCGCCCUCCCCAGCCGAAGCCGGGCUCAGGGCGGCUAACAACAAUAAAAUAAUACAACAUUCUAAAAUCAUUUCAUUCUAAAAUUAAUUCAAAUCAAAUUGAUGGCAACCAUUGGGCUAGAGUUCUGUGAAGAUUGCCAAAGGAGGGAGUCAGGCUGUGCCCUGGCCAAAGGCCUGGUGGAACAGCUCUGUCUUGCAGGCCCUGCAGAAAGAUGUCAAGUCCUGCAGCGCCCUAGUCUCUUGUGACAGAGCGUUCCACCAGAUUGGAGCCACAGCCGAAAAAGCCCUGGCUCUAGUUGAGGCCAGCCUAACCUCUCUGUGGCCUGGGACCUCCAAGAUGUUUUUGUUUGAAGACCGUAAGUUCCUCUGUGGGACGUACCAGGAGAGGCGGUCCCGUAGGUACGAGGGUCCUAGGUAUAUUUUUUAUUUGACAUUGAUGUCUUUCUUAUUGUUGUCCAUAGGUGUUGGAGCUAUAGCAACCAAGAAUCAGUCAGUCCAUGCACUUUAGCUUUGCUUUAUUUCCACCUGCGUGUUUUCUGGAAGACAACUUUGCAUUCUGGUCUGGUGCGUACAACUCCACUGUUCUUUCAGUAAAUGCCUGGCAUUUUGUGCUCUGACUAAUACAAGCUUCUGAAUUCCUUGCAGAUUUACUUCCUGGGCUCCUUGUUUGUCUCUACAUUGGUUGUAUUUGUCAUACAGUGUUUCCGGGCUCUGUUGGGUAAGUAUCUAGCAGCAGCCAUAGCCCUGAAGAACAAAAAAAUAAUAACAAAAUCACAGGUGUACAAGGCUUUUUUAAAUAGAAUAUUCCAUGUGUUUGAUUACAUAAGCUGUUGCUCUGUCCCAUUUGUUUUCCUCGAUAGAAAAAGGAAUCAAACUAGAUUUUUUAAGACUACUGAAGGCAAACAGGUCAAAAAGCCUAGUUUACUUUUUCACUACAGAGGGGAAAGAAUUGAGAUCGGAUGCCAGCAUAAAUAAUAAAAACAUGGAAUGAAAAUGUAGCCUUGCACAGUUCUGAUUUUAUUCAUAUUUUAUUUUUAUUUAUUUCAUUUUGAUCCACAUUUUGAUCCAUUUAUUUAUUUCAUUUGGUUCACCCCUUGUGAACCAGCAACUCUUUAAAAAGGGACCACCUACAGUGGAUACGAACGGGAUCCGUUCCGGAGCCCCGUUCGCAUCCAGAAGCAAACGCAACCUGCGUCUGCGCGUGCACAGGUCGCGAUUCGCCGCUUCCGCGCAUGUGCGUGAUGUCAUUUUGACUGUCUGUGCAUGCAUGAGCGGCGGAACCCGGAAGUAACGCUCUUCAUUACUUCCGGGUCGCUGCAGCGCGCAACCUGAAAAUACUCAUCCCGAAGCUACUUCAACCCGAGGUAUGACUGUAUAGCCUAGCCCAAUACCACCAGUAACUAGGUAAAGGUAAAGGGACCCCUGACCAGUAGGUCCAGUCGUGGCCAACUCUGGGGUUGCGGCGCUCAUCUCACUUUAUUGGCCAAGGGAGCCGGCGUACAGCUUCCAGGUCAUGUGGCCAGCAUGACUAAGCCACUUCUGGCGAACCAGAGUAGCGCACGGAAACGCCGUUUACCUUCCCACUGGAGCGGUACCUAUUUAUCUACUUGAUGUGCUUUUGAACUGCUAGGUUGGCAGGAGCAGGGACCGAGCAACGGGAGCACACCCUGUCACGGGGAUUCGAACCGCCGACCUUCUGAUCGGCAAGUCCUAGGCUCUGUGGUUUAACCCACAGCGCCAUCCGUGUCCCUUCCAGUAACUAGAGACCUCCCUUUUUCAAUAUAUUGCUUAUAUAAAUUCCAGACAAGUAAUUGUGGAACUUCUUGUGGAGUAAUAAAAGGAAUAUGAGCAAUGCUGAGGUUCUACAUCUGUGUUUUCUAAGCUGAGGCACAGGGUUUGUUGUUUCAUUUUGUUUCCCAUGAUUAUAUACUGUGUAAGAACUGACCUUACUCCUCAAAAGUCCAGAACCACUUCUCCCUUCAAAGGCUGAUUAGUGAGCAACGGCCUCUGAGAGUGGAUAGUUCUGUUGCAUUUCCACAUUGUGAGGGACUCAACCAACUUUCUUCUUCUUCUUCUUCUUCUUCUUCUUCUUCUUCUUCUUUUGACAAAGUAACAAUCAUACAUAAAUAAGAAUAAAGAUGUGCACCCCACCAAUGAGACCAUUCCAUUAUAACUACCCAAUCUCCCAAAAUUUCAACACCUCUCGUGAUGGUUUGACCCCUUUCCAUUUUAACAGUACAAAUUCCACAAACGCCCUCCGUAUCUCCUCAAAAUCAUUUCUCCUGCAUAUUCCCCGUAUUACUUUAAUGGCACAUGUUAAUUUAUCCUUAAUAGCCAUAUCCCACACCUCUUUAUAUCAUUCUUCCAUUUUGUAUUCUGCUUGCCCCUUCCACUCCCUAGCUAUCACAAUUCGUGCAGCCGUCAAUAAAUUUGUGAGAAAGUCCUUCCUAGCCUACGAACUUUCCACCCCAUCGUAAAUUGAUAAUAAUGCUACCUCUGGACUUUUGGUCAGCUUUAACCCAGUGAUUUCUGUUAUCUCCUUAAACACCCUUUGCCAGAAAAAUUGUGCAUCUUUACACCCUCACAACAUGUGAACAUAAUUCCCGAUUUCCUGGCAUCCCCUGCCAACAUCACACCAAAUAUUCCUUGUUUAUUUGAUUUAGUCUGACUGGCGUUAAAUAAAAGAAAUCAACCCUCUUUCAUCAGUUGGGAUGGGGGUGAGAGAGGGGGACUUCCACAAUUGUUUCCUUCUCCUUUCACUGAUACAAGCAUGACACAGCUAGCUUGGGGGUGGGGGAGUUACGUUAUACAGCACUUCCUGUUCCCUCACCCAAAUCCUGGAAAGGGAGGCGGGUGUUGCCAGUAUGGGUGGGUGUAAAGAUUUUGUGCAGUCUUAUUUGCAACCGGUAAAGGGACCCCUGACCAUUAGGUCCCGUCGCGGAUGACUCUGGGGUUGCGGCGCUCAUCUCGCUUUAUUGGCCGAGGGAGCAGGCAUACAGCUUCUGGGUCAUGUGGCCCACGUCCCUUUUGCAACCGGUAUUUAACCUUUAUUAUUUUUUUAUUUUUUACUUGUGGUUCAGUUGCUCUCCGAGCGUGAGAAAGCCAAAUAAAGCUGGUUUAAACCUGUUUCUAGUCAGUAUUCAACUAAAGCAUUCAUCUAGAUUUUUUUUUUUUAAAAAAAAGGAUUGUUGGUAGAAUAUUAACAAGACAAGAUAGCAGGAAGAGACAACUUUCUUUACAACAUUCAUGUUUCUCACCUGAUGGAACUGUGAUUCAGUUGAUUAUUUUAUAGUGUAAUCUUAAGGUUAUCUACGAUUCAGAUCAAUGCGGUUUACUCAAGGAUGGUAUUGAAAUGUCAUGCAGAGAGCAUAAAUUGAAAUCGAGUCCACACGCACACUCAGCAUAAGAACUUGGAACCUCACCUGCAAUUUAACAUUUACCUUGCUGUGCAGAGUUUAAUGACUUCUACAAUAGGGAUGGGAUGCGGGUGGCGCUGUGGGUUAAACCACAGAGCCUAGGACUUGCUGAUCAGAAGGUCGGUGGUUCGAAUCCCCACGACAGGGUAAGCUCCCGUUGCUCGGUUCCUGCUCCUGCCAACCUAGCAGUUCGAAAGCACGUCAAAGUGCAAGUAGAUAAAUAGGUACCACUCCGGCGGGAAGGUAAACGGCGUUUCCGUGCGCUGCUCUGGUUCGCCAGAAGCGGCUUAGUCAUGCUGGCCACAUGACCGGGAAGCUGUACGCUGGCUCCCUUGGCCAAUAAAACGAGAUGAGCGCCGCAACCCCAGAGUCGGUCACGACUGGACCUAAUGGUCAGGGAUCCUUUACCUUUAUUAAUAGGGAUGUACGCUGGCUCCCUCGGCCAGUAAAGCGAGAUGAGCGCCGCAACCCCAGAGUUGUCCGCGACUGGACCUAACGGUCAGGGGUCCCUUUACCUUUACCUUUACAAUAGGAAUGGGGAUGACAAAUCCCCGAUUAGUCCAGAAAGGAAAAUUAUUCUGCAAUAAGAGGUGAAGAAGCAUCAGACCCUGAAAGAGGUGAGAAAGGACGGAAGAGCGUGCAAAGCUAUGAGCAAGAAUUACUAAGACUGGAGUUAAAGUGUUUAAGCAGCAAGUGAGUGAUCUGAAAUAUGUAACCGUGUUCCGAUAGGUGUUUUGACCACAGUAGUAAAUCUGGGAGGCAAUGAAAGUGUAUACCUCAUUUUUGCAGACCGCUUAAACCACAAUCCUACAUGUUAAGUGCACUUUAGUCAUUUAUUUUAACAGGAGUCACAACUUAAUUCCCAUUCCAUAGCUUUCAGUGGCUUGUGCUUAGCAUUUGCUAGAUUUUGCCAUUAGUAUAAGCUUUCAUUACUCUAAUGGGCAAAGGAGGCAAAGUGUUAAGUUGUGGGUGAACAUAUCAGACGACAUAGCGAUUCUUCAAACAGCUCUUGUUUAUUCAGAGGCCAGAAAAGAACUGAACUGAAGGGUUCAGGCAGCCUGCUUAUAUAGAGCUCCACUACAACGCAACAGUAACCACUUUCUGUAACUAUCCAAUCACUGAACGUCACUUUCGAUCCCUUAUUUGCAUAACUAUCUACAGUAUCCCCCUGCUGGCCCAGGGUGAGAACUUCAGUACAUAACACAAAGUAUUCAAGUGAAGGAAGGGAAUUUGGAGAAUUUGGUAUUUGUUUUGAACUGCUAUUAAUAUUGUCGUUUCCACUGGCUGUGACCUGCCUUUGAAUGUUUUGGAGAAGGGUGGGUAUGAAAUUGGAUAAAUGAUAACGAUGAUGCCACACAGACAUUAUUGAACACUGCUUAGAGACUUUUGAAAGAUUAAGUGGUUUAGAAGUGCUUUUAAGCAAAUGAUAAAUCAUAUGGGGAACUGAAUUGACCAUCAAAUUUAAAUCAAGAGUCACCAUAAGAAAUGUUUGAAUAGGAAUCCAGACGUUAAAAAGGGCAAAGUACACUUGACAGUUCUGCUAUGCAAGGUACUGUUUAAGAAAAGGAUGCUCUUCCAGGCCAUCUGCAUAUGGACUGUGGGUUCUGUGUGCGAAUCUCCCUACUGAAUCAGGUUCCAUAUUCAUAAAGGGUGUCUUCAGGAUCUGGAGCUGUGUACGUAGUCCUCCUUGUUGGAGAGGUGAUCUAAACCACUGAGCCCCUUGGACUUGCCGAUCAGAAGGUUGGCAGUUCGAAUCCCCGCGACGGGGUGAGCUCCUGUUGCUCUGUCCCAGCUCCUGCCAACCUAGCACUUUAAAAGCACACCAAUGCAAGUAGAUAAACUGGUACCUUUGUGGCGGGAAGGUAAAUGGUUUUGUGUGCGCUCUGGUUUCCAUCACAGUGUCCUGUUGCGCCGGAAGCUGUUUCGUCCUGCUGGCCGCAUGACCCGGAAAGCUGUUUCUGGACAAACGCCGGCUCCCUCAGCCUGAAAGCGAGAUGAGCACCGCAACCCAAUAGUUGCAUCACCUGAGUGAUAGUGGGUGUGCUAAUCUAUAACGCUACUUUCAUCUGCUGUAUUAUAUUGUGUGUUCUGACAGUUGUUCAUCGCUGGAUAUCACGAGUGCCGGAAGAGGCUGCAGCUGAACUCUCUUCCACAGAGGAAAAUACUAGUGAGACAGGAUCAGCAGAGCACAGAGAACCUACGGUGUCAAAUAAUUCAGAGGAGCAUGUCUUAAAUCCUCAACAUCCCUGCUCCAGCAGCUGAGGCAUGCAUUUUCUCAAACAGUGACAUUCUGAUGUCUUCAGGAGACAGAAACCUCCCCUUUCUAUGCCAAUUUGGAAAAUGCCCCCCCCCUUUUUUUUUGCGACUUGGCGGGUGCUCUCACCAUGGGAGUAGGCUAUUCUGUUGUUGUAGCACUUCCUUGCUUGAGCUUGAAGCACCCUUGAAGGUUUCACCCAAAAUUUGGUUAGGAAGGGGGCAGUUUGAUUCAAGGAGGAAGGACCUUCAGAUUUAGUGUCCUUGAGGUAAUUUAUUUUCAGAUUCAGAAACAGUGUGAACUAGAACAUAAUCGGUCCUAUUGUAUUACAGUGGUGCCC